UGAAGAACAGAAUAUUUCUGAUGAUAAUACAGAUUUUAGAUUGUUGGCCCCAUCCACACUAUAUUAAGGUAAGGGGGGUAGGUAGGGACUUUAUUAUAACAGCUUUAUCAAUAGUAUAUUCUGUCAAACAAAAACAUGCAUAAAAUAAUCUCGUUACGUCAAAGAUUUGCUAGUUUAUGGGGUACAUCAAAAAUAUGUUCAAAAUGUGAAAUAGUACUCCAGGUGGCAUUAACAUAUCUCUCUGGCUAGUGUAUCCAGUUGAGGUUAAUCUACAUAUUGUAAGUCUGUAAUAUACAAAUCUCCACUUGGUGGUGCCAAAACUCUGGUAUAAUGAAGUAUGUCACAAACUAUUAAAGCCUCAAAUGCAAGAGAGCAUUAAAUGACCAGAGGAAUAUGGAACUAAACUAUCUGUCUGUAAAUAGCAUGUCUAAAGCAAUAAGUAUGUAAACCAUCAGUCCAAUAUAUGGCUCCAUUCUGCCUAAGCUGUCUGAUUGGCUCAAAACAACAAAAUUCCUAGCAAAGAAUGCAACGGGUAGGUGAGCUAAACAAUCACCUAAUCCCAAAUGUUCCAUAGAAAAAGAUAGUAGUGAAUUAAAUUAGAAAACCAAAGGUGUAUACACAUAGUAAAGAAAUCCAGUCAUAAAGGCAGUGCUGUAUUUACAGUGAAUGCUAAGAAGGCAUUUGUCUUGGGCGGCACUUUCAGGGGGAUGGCAAAAAGCGGCCUGGUAGAUGCCUUGUUAGCUUGUUUCAUGGGAGGCCCUGGUCAAGACAGGCCAAGAAUAGGGAAUGCCAUAAAUUGACACAGGCAGCUGACAAUGAGUAAUCAGGAUAAUCCAAGGUCAGGGCUACAGAACAAUUAAAGGGCCACUAUAGUGCCAAGAAAACAAACUUGUUUUCCUGGCACUAUAGUAUUAAUAGGUCUCCCCCAACCUCAUGGCCAGGGCCGGACUGGGAAAAAAAUUAUACACACAAAAAAAAAGAACCACAAAUAGAUUUUAAAAUAGAUUUUAAAGGGGGGCGGAGCCGGGCCGCUGAGCUGGACGGUCGCAAGUCAGAGCGACUCUGGCAAAACACUACUGAAAACUCGCUAAAAACAUCUUUAACCUAAAGUGGACCGACAGCACAGAUGCCCAGUGCCGGGGGACAGCUGGACCCGGGGAGAGGCUGGCUCGCUGAGCUACAGUCCCCGGGGGGAGUGGAUCUCGGUGCCCUAACCCGGACCUUCUCCGGCGGUGAGCGGGGCAGACGGCCGCUGCCUCUCUAUCCUGCACCACAAAGCCCAGCCAAAAGCCCUGAUCGGCGCAGACCCGGCUCCGUCCCCCCCUCCUCUAUGGACCGGGGGGGGGGGUGAUCCCGGUCCUCACCCAGUAGGCCAUAAGCGGGAUUCUGCAAUUGAGGCCGGGGAGCCUGUUCGCUGCCUCCAAGAUGGCGGGCGCCAUGUGCGCUGACGGCAUGAGGAAAAGAAAAAAACCUCCCUCCUAGUGUCCACUACCCACAAAACAACUCCUGAUAUAAGAUCCCGCCACACAAGGAAGCACCAAUGUUCGUGCUAAUCCCCGCAACAACACAAGCCAACAACACGAGCAACAGGUGGCUCGAGGGGGUGGGUGACAGCAGCGGCACUUAAGAGAUAGGAUACCAAGCAUCGACCAUUCCCGUGCCAUCUGCCCAGCAAAACACUUCUGCUAGCAGACCAACCCUGUACCCGCUUACUACUCAGACUUUAACAGGACACCCCGGAGAGCUACAGAUCUCCGCGGAUACCCCCAACGCUUAAACAUGGCGGACACCAACCUGCGGAUGACCAAAAGCGGCAAGCCCACCCUGCUCAGGCUAUACCUCGGAGGACCACAGUGAACAACGCAGAAUUACACACAGACAACCCAUGCUCCGAGGCCUGCUCUGAAGGACGCUUGCUCCCCACUACAUAGUCACAACAGAGCAGGUAUUGGGGAAAAACUGGACUGCACCUAUAUGAAAAGUCUUGGACUCACUAGGAUGCCAACCCUUUCCCACGGAGGCAGCUCGGGGACCCCCCGAUCCACCAGGGUGAUAACCACGCAUUUUCCAACUAUUACUAUACUGCAUAACAUGCUUAUAAGCUAUAGCCUCAUUAACAUGGUUAAUCUAAUCUAACAUUGUUUCAUAGCGACUACCUAACUCUAAUAAUAUGAUAGUAGUGUUGUUGUCCUAGCUUGAAAAAUAACUGUUAAUCGACUAAACAUAUUAUUAACCCUGGAAGUACUUAGGAAUGUCAUAUGCAUGUCUAGAAAGAAACAAAACUUGUUGUUCUCAUGUAUAAAAAAAAAAAAAAAAUGUGCUGUAUCAAAUGCCACUCAUUGAAAUGCCAUGAAUAUGCCUGCAGUUGCUGUCGUGGCCAUGCACGCUUGUCUGUUAUUUAUAUGCACAUGCAAAAAUAAAGAAUUAAAAAAAAAAUAGAUUUUAAAGAACCACAAAUAGAUUUUAUACUUGAAGGGAUUUUAGAAAACAAUUUUUUCUGGUUUAAAGAUUCAUUUUUUUAUGCAAAUUACAGGAACAGCGAUGGGCACCAAGUUCGCUCCCAGUUAUGCAAACCUUUUUAUGGCAUACUGGGAGAAGAAGCUAGUGUUUUCACAUAUGGCGGCAGCGAACUUGGUGUCCUAUCAUCGAUACAUCGAUGAUAUAUUUUUAAUCUAGAAAGGAGGAGAAGAAAGUCUUAAUUUAUUUUUAGAUGAAUUGAAUAACAACAAUUGGGGGAUCAUUUUAACCUCUACGUAUAGCACUAACCAAAUCAAUUUUUUAGAUUUGGAAAUUUUUAUUUUAAAUUCUACUAUCCAUACUAGGAAUCAUUUUAAAGAUGUUGAUGCAAAUAGUUACAUCGAGAUGAAUAGUUGCCAUUAUCCACCAUGGCUAACAAAUGCACCUAAGAGCCAGUUCUUACCGAUACGGAGAAAUUGCACGCAAGAUGUUGAUUAUGUUUCCCAAGCAGAAAAAAUUAAAGAACAGCUUGUAGAAAAAGGCUAUGACACCGGAAAAUUACAAAAUUGCAUGGAAGAAGUUAAGAAAAUUGAAAGAAAAGAUCUUAUAUGUUACAAAAAUAAAAAGAUACAUAAUAAAUCCUCUAAUAGGAAUACGUUUGACAUACCCUUUAUAUGCAAGCAUAGUGGCAACAACAAUAAAAUUAAUGAAAUUAUCAAAAAAUAUUGGCCUAUUUUAAAAGAAGAUCCUUUAUUAAAUAAAAUUCUACCUCAUAAUCCUAAAAUGGUCUAUCGAGGAUGUAGAAAUCUUAAACAGAUUUUAGUGAAAAGUAGUUUUAAAACACAACCUACAGAACAUUUUUUAAAUAAAAAUAAAGGAUUUUAUGGAUGUGGUUCCUGCCCUGCUUGUAGAGAAACAAAAAGACAUAUUACCUCCUUCACAUAUAAAGAUAAAAGAGAAUUUGCUAUCAAAAACGAGCACUUGUUUUUCAAAACAUGUGAUUUAUAUUUUAAAGUGUCCUUGCGAUUUAAUCUAUGUUGGUAGGACUAUUAGGUGUUUACAUGUCAGAAUUGCAGGACAUCUAUGCAAUAUAAGAAAAGGUCUAGAAACACAUAGUGUUUCACAACAUUACAACAUUUAUCACAAUAGUAAUCCAAGAGACCUAUUCUUUUGCGCAAUUAAAUUAGUACAAAAAAAUUGGAGAGGUGGAGAUUUUAAUAAAAAAAAUAGGUGAGGAGGAGAUGAGAUGUAUUUAUAAUUUUAACCCCUUAAAACCGGAGGACGUACAAUUACGCCCUCUAAUAGGCGGCUCUAAACGCCGCCGGGCGUAAUUGUACGCCCUCCGGUUUUUGUUAACUUACCCGGUCGCCGGCGGUCCCACGCCGGCGAUCGCGGUUGGGGGGACUCCCAGGGAGCCCCCCGCGGCACCUCCGUCCUCCUGGAAGCCUCCCGGCCAUGUGAGAGUGGGGUCCUAGCGAGGACCCCACAAUCACAUGGCCGGGGAUAGCUGGCUUCUGUAUUGCCGGCAGGGGGGCUGCCUGUAAUGACAGGUGGUCCCCCUGCUGGCUGGAAAUAAAAAUAAAAUAAGUUAAUGGUGUAAAAAAAAAAAAUUAUAUAUACUUAGAUCAUAUAUAUAUAUUAUAUAUAUAUGAUCAAAGUAUAUAUAUACACAUAUACAUACACACAUGUACACCGUCUAGGUGUAUUUUACUAUUAAUAUAUAUAUAAUUAUAUAUAUAUAUAAAUAUCAAAUUACACGUAGACUGAUACUGAUUAAAUAUAUAUAUAAUUAUUGUUAUAUAUAUAUUUAUAUAUAAUAUAAAAAAAAUAAAAAUGUAAAUACGUUAAAAAAUAAAAUUAAAAAAAUAAUUAAAAAUAAAUAAUUAAAAAAUAUAUAGAUGUGUGUUAUUUCGCUCUAACUGUAUUGUGAAAUUAAUAUAUAUAUAUAUAUAUCAAAAUACACAUAGAACGAAAUAAUAUAUAUAUUUAUACACAUAAAUAUAUACGUAUAUAUCACUAUAUAUAUAUACCUAUAUAUAAAUAAAAAUAUUUUUUAAAAAUUAUAUAGAUAUAUACAUAUAUAUACACAUACGUAUAUAUAUACAUAUAUUGAUUCUACAUAUAUAUUUAUGUAAUAUUUUUACAUAAUUAGGUAUCUUAAUUAAUUACAAUUAGCAGGACCUGCAUGACAACCCAUGCCGAAAGUAAAUGGAAUUUAAUUUGCUAGCACUAUAUUUAACCCUAUAACUUUCCGAGACACCAUAAAACCUGUACAUGGGGGGUACUGUUCUACUCGGGAGACUUCGCUGAACACAAAUAUUAGUGUUUCAAAACAGUAAAAUGUAUUACAACGAUGAUAUAGCCAGUAAAAGUGACGUUUUUUGCAUUUUUCACGCACAAACAGCAUUAAACGGACAAUAUUAUUGCUAUGAUACUUUUUACUGUUUUGAAACACAAAUAUUUGUGUUCAGUGAAGUAUCCCGAGUACAACAGUACCCCUCAUGUACAGGUUUUAUAGUGUUUUCAAAAGUUACAGCGUCAAAUAUAAGGCUUGCGUUUCAUUUUUUUCACAUUAAAAUUCGCCAGAUUGGUUACGUUGCCUUUGAGACCCUAUGGUAGCCAAGAAUGAAAAUUACCCCUAUAAUGGCAUACCAUUUGCAAUAGUAGACAACCCAAGGUAUUGCAAAUGGGGUAUGUCCAGUCUUUUUUAGUAGCCACUUAGUCACAAACACUGGCCAAAAUUGGCGUUUUUUGAAUUUUUCACACACAAACAAAUAUUAACGCUAACUUUGGCCAGUGUUUGUGACCAAAUGGUUACUAAAAAAGACUGGACAUACCCCAUUUGCAAUAUCUUGGAUUGUCUACUAUCGCAAAUGGUAUGCCAUUAUGGGUGUAAAUUUCAUUCCUGGGCUACUAUAAAGUCCUAAAGGCAACGUAACCAAUCUGGCGAAUUUCAAUUUCAAAUGUAACGUGCUAGAUUUCACCCUGUAACUUCCCAAAACGCCAUAAAACCUGUACAUAGGGGGUACUGUUUUACACGUGAGACUUUGCUGAAUAUAAAUAUGUGUAUUUUAUUGCAGUAAAAGCAAACAGUAUUAUGACACUGACCGUUAAAAUAUAAUGUAGAACUAAAAAAAUCCAAAAAAAAACGUAUUUUCUCCCAUUUUUUUCAUAUUAAAUUAUGUUUCAUAGCUAAAUAUUUGAUAUUAAAUGAAAGCCCUGUUUCCCCUGAAUAAAAUGAUAUAUAAUAAGGGUGGGUGCAUUUACUAAGAAAGAGGUGUAUUACGGUUGGACAGACAUGUAGCGCAAAUGCCAGCUUUUGUUUACAUUUUGUUUUGUUCACAAUGUGUACAUUUGGCUCCGUCCUUAAGGGGUUAACACACCUAUCCCUAAUGGUCUGAACCAAGAUUUUGAAUUAUGCCAUUUUUUAUGUUAAUUUUUUGUAUUUGAGUUAUCUCUUUUACUUUUUAUUAGAUUUAUAUUUAUGUGUAUAUUUCAUUGUUAGAAAUGAUCUUCAUUGCUAACAUAUCCUUUCUCAUGUACCCUCCAUAGGAGUGGUGAUAUACAUUUUAUAGGAGUACUCUCUAUAGGAGUGGUGAUAUAUAUUUUAUGUGUAUAUUUUUAAUAAGAUACAAUUGGUAGAAUUGAUUUUUAUUGUUAAUUAUCCUUUUCCCAUGUAAUCUCUAUAAGAGUGGUGAUAUAUAUGUUUUUUAAUCACCACUUCCAUCCUCACUUUUGUUAAUUCUAUUGUCUUGCUUUUUUAAAUUAGUAAAGACUUCAUUUGUAUGUAUACAUAUAUAUAUUUUUGCUCGGUAUGCUUUUUCUUUACAUUUCCGUUGGUGGAACGCAUUUGCGCAUUUGCGUUCCACAGCCGUCAUAUCCGUUUGUAUUUAGUGUAGGAGGCGGAUGUGUAUGCUUAAUGGAACGCAUGUGCGUUCCUCGAACGACGCACCCGAUCACAUGAUCGGCAAAACAGGAAUCUGAUGGCGAACACAUCAAGCUGAACCGGAAGUGAAUUGCCUACACCGGAUGGAACGCAGGAUGCAUUCCACAACAGCGAAUCUGUAGCAAAUGGAAGGAUAUAAAAGAAUCACAAGGACUUUGAUGCACAGCAUACACCAACUGAGGAAGCCUAUCAGGCGAAACGCGUUUUGGUGACUAUUGGACUUUUAAUUAUGCUUUUGUUUUUUAUUUGACCUAUCUUUGGAAUAAAUUAUAUACUUUUAUAGAAUUUUAAAGUAUUUAUUAUUCCUGAAUAUACUACUUGAAAAUCUUCCCUAUCAUCUGGAGUGGGGUUUGGAUCUCCCCUUGAGGAUCCUACUGACAUCCAGACCAGAACCAGGUUAUUUUAUGGCUCUACCUUUGUGAGUGUCCUAUUUAAAGAUAUCGGAUUUACUCUGUAUUUAUCAAACUAUCUGCACUAUUGUGUUUCCCUCUGUUUCUGCUUCAGCUUUGUUGGCUGUAUUUUGAAGAGAGGGAAGUAUUUUACAGCUCCACCAAUUUUUGUGUAUAUUAUUAUAUGUAUGUGUGAAGGUGAAGGGGAGCUGUUUACAAUAUUCUGGGACAUACUUUUCUUUAUUGUUUGGGAAAAAAAAAUUAGUGCUGUGUGUGUCUGGGGGUGCUGUGUGUGUCUGGGGUUGCUGUGUGUGUGUGUGUGAGGGUGAAUUUAUUUUUUAUCUAACUUUAUAUAUUUUUUUUAUUAAUAAAAAAAAAGUUACAUCCCACCCUCCCUUCUUACCUUUAGCCUAGGAGGAGGGGAGUGGAGUUCUGCCAUGGAGUGGGGAGCCAUGCUGCUUUCCCUGGUGGUCCUAGUGGUGAGAGUGAACUCUCGCCUGCAGGGAGAUUUUUGAUUUUCCCGGUAUGCCCGAUGGCCAGUCCGGGCCUGCUCAUGGCCCCCCUCCCGCCGGGCUGAAGGGGGAGGAAGGGGUUAAACACUCACCUUUCUCCAGCACCGGGCUCCCUCAGCGCUGGGGACUCUCCUCCUCCUUUGGACGUCAACGGCUGAAUGCGCAUGCGCGGCAAGAGCCGCGCGCGCAUACACUCAGUCCAUAGGAAAGCAUUCUCAAUGCUUUCCUAUGGACGCUGGCGUCUUCUCACUGUGGAAAUCACAGUGAGAAGCGCGGAAGCGCCUCUAGCGGCUGUCAAUGAGACAGCCACUAGAGGCUGGAUUAACCCAUAUGUAAACAUAGCAUUUUCUCUGAAACUGCUAUGUUUACAGCUGCAGGGUUAGCCGUAGAUGGACCUGGCACCCAGACCACUUCAUUGAGCUGAAGUGGUCUGGGUGCCUAUAGUGGUCCUUUAACCAGUAAAUCAAGUCCAACCAGAGUCUUAUGUCAAUAUCCAAACAAAUCAGGAGAGACUUACUAAAAGCACUAACAUUUCUGCACUAGCAGAAACUAACAAUGUUUCUGACUGAAUGUUUCUGAUUGGUCCACGUAAUGGUCCAAAAUUAUUGGUAAUGGGGUUGUCUGGUGAGGCCUAAUAGAAAGCAGUUGUUGUUGGUUGAUUCCAUUAUAAGAGGUGUGGAGAUAGACAAUGGUGGUCUUGUGAGGUGUCUUCCCGGAGCUACUGCUCACAGAGACAGGAGACGUAUCUGUAAUAUUGUUAAGCAAGCAAAGCAGGAAGGGGAAUUGGAUGUACUUGUCCAUCUAGGGACAAAUGACUUGGCUUGCAAUGAGGUUUCAGAGGUUAAGGAAGUUUUUUGUGUUUUUGCCAAUGAUAUACGGCAGGUUGCUUCCACACUGUCAUUCUCUGAAGUUCUGCCUGUGCAUAACACUCAGAACGACAGGCGGAUGCGUAUUAGGGACUUUAAUUUGUGGCUUGGUGAAUGGUGUCGGGAGCAAGGAUUUGGCUUUAUUUCUCAUGGUAACUCUGUUUGGAAUGGAGAUAAGCUGUACAAAAAAGAUGGUUUGCAUCUUUCUCAAAAGGGAACAAAUGUUCUCAGUGAGCAGUUCAGAGGUUUUGCUAGGAUGUAUUUAAACUAGGAGGGGGGGGCAAAAGGGUGAUAAAACAUCAAUCCAAUUGUCCCCCAAAACAAGGACAGAAGGUGCCUGUAGCAAGUGUGUUAAAAAAUGAUAAGCUUAGAGUCAUGUCUACAAAUGCUCGCAGUUUAGGGAAUAAGAUCCAUGAACUUGUGGCAAUAAUGGCAACUGAGUGUAGAUUUAGUCGCUAUUACUGAGACAUGGUACAAUGAGAAAAAUGACUGGGACAUAGCAAUACCAGGGUACUCUUUAUAUAGGAAAGAUAGGGAAGGCAAGAAAGGGGGAGGGGUGGCCUUGUAUGUGAAGGAUAGCAUAAAAUCUAGCCUAAUAAAAGUUAGUGAGGCAAACAUAGAGUCCGUUUGGGCUACGUUAGAAUUUGGUAAUCACACAGUAACUCGUGUAGGUGUGAUUUAUAGGCCCCCAGGACAAAUUGAAGAGUUAGAUAAUCUACUAGUUGAGGAAAUAGCUAAAAUGACAAUGAAGGGGGAAGUUAUCAUCAUGGGUGACUUUAAUCUUCCUGAUGUAAAUUGGAAAACAAAAUUAGCUACUUGUGCCAGGAGCACACAUAUUCUAAACUCCCUACUGGGAUUGUCUCUAAAACAAGUUGUUGAGGAGCCAACUCGUAAAGAGGCCAUACUAGAUUUAGUGUUAACAAAUGGAGAUUUGGUAUCAGAUGUUACUGUAGGUGAAAGUUUAGGAUCCAGUGAUCAUCAGUCAGUGUGGUUUAAUAUAAGAACAGUGACUGAGUCACACCACACAAAAACAAAAGUUUUAGACUUUAGAAAAACAGACUUUUCUAAAAUUAGAAUAUGGGUAGAGGAGUCAUUAUCAGACUGGAGCAAUUUAAAUGGAGUCCAAGAGAAAUGGGAUUAUUUAAAAGUUGCACUAUUGAAGGCAACAGAAAAUUGCAUUAGGCUUGUCAGUAAAAGCAAAAAAUUCAAGAAACCACUGUGGUACUCUGCAGAUGUGGCCAAAAUAGUUAAAAACAAAAAGUUAGCAUUUAGGAAUUAUAAAAAAAACCAGAGUGAGGGAGACAAAAUGAUCUAUAAGAUUAGGCAGAAAGAGGCUAAGCAAGUUAUAAGAGCUUCCAAAUCACACACAGAAGAGAAAAUAGCAGUCAGUAAAAAAGGGGGAUAAAACAUUUUUUAGAUACAUAAAUGAGAAAAGAAAAGUAAAACAAGGAUUAGUUAGAUUAAAAACAAAAGAAGGAAGGUAUGUAGAAGAGGAUAAAGGUCUAGCUGACUGCCUCAAUGAAUAUUUUUGUUCUGUAUUUACAGAUGAAAAUGAAGGAAAGUUGAGAAAAAGGAUAAAUGAGUCAUUUAUUACACGUGAGUUUACAGAGGAAGAGGUUCUAUUUCAACUGUCAAAAGUAAAGACAAAUAAGUCAAUGGGACCUGAUGGAAUACACCCAAAGCUAUUAAAAGAGCUUAGUGGUGUACUAGCAAAACCAUUAACAGAUUUUUUUAACCAAUCAUUGUUAACAGGAGUAGUCCCAGAAGAUUGGAAGUUAGCGAAUGUUAUGCCCAUUUACAAGAAAGGUAAUAGGGAGGAGUCGGGCAACUAUAGGCCAGUAAGCCUUACUUCAGUAGUGGGGAAAGUGAUGGAAACCAUGUUAAAGGAUAGGAUUGAUGAACAUCUAAAAACACAUGGAUUUCAAGAUCAGAGACAACAUGGGUUUACUUCAGGGAGAUCAUGCCAAACUAAUCUUAUUGAUUUUUUUGAUUGGGUAACUAAAAUAUAGAUCAGGGUGGUGCAGUAGACAUUGCUUACCUAGAUUUCAGUAAGGCUUUUGACACUGUUGCACAUAGAAGGCUUAUCAAUAAACUGCAAUCUUUAAGUUUGGAUUCCAAUAUUGUUGAAUGGGUAAGGCAGUGGCUGAGUGACAGGCAACAGAGGGUUGUAGUUAAUGGAAUAUAUUCGAAGCUUGGACUUGUCACCAGUGGGGUGCCUCAGGGAUCUGUACUUGGACCCAUUCUCUUUAAUAUUUUUAUUAGUGAUAUUGCAGAAGGUUGAUGGUAAGGUAUGUCUUUUUGCUGAUGAUACUAAGAUAUGUAACAGGGUUGAUGUUCCAGGAGGGAUAAGCCAAAUGACAAAUGAUUUAGGUAAACUAGAAAAAUGGUCAGAAUUGUGGCAACUGACAUUUAAUGUGGAUAAGUGCAAGAUAAUGCAUCUUGGACGUAAAAACCCAAGGGCAGAGUACAGAAUAUUUGAUAGAGUUCUAACCUCAACAUAUGAGGAAAGGGAUCUAGGGGUGAUUAUUUCUGAUGACUUAAAGGUAGGCAGACAAUUUAAUAGAGCAGCAGGAAAUGCUAGCAGAAUGCUUGGUUGUAUAGGGAGAGGUAUUAGCAGUAGAAAGAGGGAAGUGCUCAUGCCAUUAUACAGAACACUGGUGAGACCUCACUUGGAGUAUUGUACACAGUACUGGAGACCGUAUCUUCAGAAGGAUAUUGAUACCUUAGAGGGUUCAGAGAAGGGCUACUAAACUGGUUCAUGGAUUGCGGGAUAAAACUUACCAGGAAAGGUUAAAAGAACUUAACAUGUAUAGCUUGGAGGAAAGACGAGACAGGGGGGAUAUGAUAGAAACAUUUAAAUAUAUAAAGGGAAUCAACACAGUAAAGGAGGAGACUAUAUUUAAAAGAAGAAAAACUACCACAACAAGAGGACAUAGUCUUAAAUUAGAGGGACAAAGGUUUAAAAAAAUAAUAUCAGGAAGUAUUACUUUACUGAGAGGGUAGUGGAUGCAUGGAAUAGCCUUCCAGCUGAAGUGGUAGAGGUUAACACAGUAAAGGAGUUUAAGCAUGCGUGGGAUAGGCAUAAGGCUAUCCUAACUAUAAGAUAAGGCUAGGGACUAAUGAAAGUAUUUGGAAAAUUGGGCAGACUAGAUGGGCCGAAUGGUUCUUAUCUGCCGUCACAUUCUAUGUUUCUAUGUUUCUAUGGAUGACAUGGUCCCUGCGUGUUCAAACUCCUACUUAUAUAGCCUAUGAUACAGAACUAUACAGGACUCUCUGCUGACAUUUCAUUUUAUGAGUUAAAACGAAUGCCUUAAGGAUUUCCACACGAGCAACUGAAUAGCUGAUCCCAGACGAAUGACGAGAUAAUGAGCAACCUCAGCAAAGACCUAUGUCCCUAUGGUCGAAAAUCUGUCACUUUGUUUAAAGUAAGAGAUUUCUUUGUUUUUAACAAAUGUUAUACUUUUUAUAACAGUCAGAACUCUAUGUGUAGUUUUUGCAAUUCCCCCCCCUGUCUUUUACUGGUUUUAAGCACUGCUAUGUUCUGCUGAAGAUAGAAUUGGAGGGAAAAAUAAACUUUAUAAAGGACACUUCUGAUAUUAAAGACUUUUUCACAAAAUAAUUUUAAACGUUGACAUUUAUAUGUUUGGCCACCAAUCCUGGACACUUAUUGGAAAGAAGUGUUAUAGAGCACAGAUAUUCUUGUAUUUGUUUUGCAAGGAACUGCAAUACAGUGACACAAAACUGCUUUAAUUGACAGAUAUAGUGAAUGAAAUGGUAAACAUGUGCAAUUUGUUUUGUUCUGAAUGUAUAUUCGGACAAAUUUCAUGAAAUUUGGAUAAUUACAAAUGUCCGAAUUGCCGAAGUUCCAAAUUACCGAAGUGGGGGGCGGGGCCGGGCCGCCGGGCCGAACAGACGCACUAAACAUGGGCUCCGGCAUUAACCUGAGCAAAAAGGCACAAAAGACUGCUAAAAAGUCGGCUAUCCCGACAACAACUAACAGGGAACGACCCCAGCACACCCCAGCACACCUCGGAUGCCGGCAAGAAGCACACCACAAGGUGGACGAGCAACGGAGGGCGAGACAGGCCUACACGCGGCAGAGCAUCCGGCCGAGACAACGCCACGCGGCAGGACGCCACAGAGAGGCGCAGCCCCGAAACAUUUCAGCGGGAGAGACGCUGCACAGAUGGUUCCCUUUGCACACCCGGCCCGGGGCACGGCCCUGCCCCCCCCCCCCGGCCGGUGGGGGUUAUCCCGGCCGCAUGGCGGUGACCUAUGCCACGGCGGGAAUUCCCGCGUGGGGUGUGCGCUGGCCGCCUACACUGGCAAAAGCUGCAUGUGAAGCAGCAAGCCAGCAGAAACUGUCAUUAACAUGGAGGGAGAGGAGAGCUAGAGUGUGGAGACACACAGACCCCGAAUGAAGGGAGGCUGCUCACUCCCUGAAAGAUGGUCAUCCGUCAGCCUUGGCAAGACAGACCAGGAGCUGAAAUGAAAAGGACCACCUGCAUUCUUAUGGAACUGAUCCGGCACGGCUCACCGCACCCAGAGGACCACGGAAAAAUGUAAUGAGGGGGACUGGCAUGGCCAGCUCAAGCAGGCCCAGACGAUACUGAGCGCUGGACGGGGCCUACACACCGCCCACAAGCCGACUGGAGCAGUGAGUACCCCAGUCUCUGGGUAUGGAGGUCCCCGGAGAAUUAUGUCCCUGGUGUCGUGAGCCCUGUGGGGCGGGAGUGCGCUGCCCUGCCGGCGGACCGGUGGCCGGGGGGGCUGGGCACCAGCUUUAAGUGUGAGGCCGGCACCGGGAGAGACAUGGGGGUGCUUGCUCCAUAGGGAACAACGUGGUACCGGGGAGGUGCAGGGGGCGAGAGAGUUGUGGACUUUGUGGUGGGGUCCAGUGGACAAUCUCUGCCCCUGAGUGCCCACGGCGCCGCGGAGGACCUGUCUGGUGGGCGGGGGGCGGUGUGGGGUGAACGGACGGAGGCUCGGUGACCGGAGGACUGCAUCGUAGCUGAGACAUGUUGAGCCUCCCUCAGACUGCCAUACAGCCCCCUCUCAAGUUCCUGCCAACCUUGCUUCCAUAUGGUUACGGUCCCUAUUAAUGUUUUUGUUGGCCUAUAUACUUCAUUACGUAUAUUGCAUGACUAGCCACAGCUUAUUUCAGAUUGACGCAUUCGGAGCCACCCUGUGGAUUGAUAGCUCGCGUUUGUGGCUUAAAAGUUGCAUUCAUUUUUUAAGCUUUUACAUAGUUCGCAGGUUUAAAAUGCCAAAGGAAUGUACAGUUUAUGCUAUAAUGCCCAUAGGGACCAAAGGUUGAUAAUGUCCACUAAUACAUACUAAAUAGCUGACUGCAGCUUAUUACUGUAAGCCUGACAUCCAGAUAGCUUUGUUAUAUAUUAACGCACUGCAGACUGCGAACAAAUAUGCCCCAUAUGUUAAAAGUUGGGAAAAGUUUUUGUAUUUUGGAUUAUCGCUUUCAGUCUGACUCUAAUUAGCAAGAUGGUUAAUUUGCCUCCACACAGGCGACAGUUUGCAUUCACUAACUAGCAAACACGCAGCACCUGCACACACCAGUUAGCACAAAACACUUACUUAACGCUCUCACCGAACUAAAAAGACAACACAGUCCGCCUCUGCGCAGGCAACCAAAAGUAUACACUGUGUUGAAUCAAUGCUUAAGCCCCUGCGUGGGCAACCACUUGCUUUAUUACAAAUCAGUUUGACGUAUGAACCUAUGUUAUGCAUACAAUAAAAAUAUUCAAAACAAAUUACCGAAGUGCUUUGGAUUUCUGAAAAGUGGCGAGAGAGGGAGGGAAAAUUGAAGAUUAUGCUUGCACAGUGUACUAAUAAUCUUAAUUUUAAUAAUGACAGGAGGCGAGUAUUUGCAUUAACUUUCUUUACUAACUCCAUAGCAGCAAAGAAAAAAACUUUUAAAAGAAAAAAACAAUCAGACUGCGUCAGAGAGUAUAUAAGUCCAAGCAUGACCAAUCAUUUCCGCUUGGCUAGUGCCACAUCACAAGUCAGUAAAAUAGUAACUUUGUCCAAUUCAACUUGAACUCUUAAUCCAACGUGGAAACAUUAGGGAAUAUAAUCUUCUCAAUCCCUGAGCCUUGUUAAACUGAAAAGAAAGAGAGACUAGUAUCAGUGAUACGGAACAGGCCGUAUGAAGCAUAUGUCUAGGAACGUAUGUAUAAACUCCUAAAUGACUAUUAAGAUGUUAUGUUAGCUAAAUCACGUUGCAAGAGAUAACAAUACUCUUCCCCUAUACAUAUGUAUUCCUACUUAACUCAAAUACUGGAGACAAUUUAUAUCCGUUAACUUUAACCUAGCUCCAUAAGGGUGGGAACGUCAAGAUGAAGGGGAGGGAAAUACUCACCUCCUGUCAUUAUUAAAAUUAAGAUUAUUAGUACACUUUUUUCUUUGCUGCUAUGGAGUUAGUAAAGAAAGUUAAUGCAAAUACGAAGCCUCCUGUCGUGUUAUAAAAUUACAUGAAUGAUGACAGGAAUCUUGACCAAUAAGCUAAUUCCUGGCACUGGGAGCCCUAUGGAUGUGUAAGUGGUUGUGGUGGCAAUCCUGGCACUGGGAGCCCCACAGAUGUGUAAGUUGUUGUGUUGGUAGUCGGGGCACUGGGAGCCUUACAGAUGUGUAAAUGUUUGCAGUGGCAGUCCUGGCACUGGGAGGCGAGAGCCCUACAGAUGUGUAAGUGGUUGUGGUGGCAGUCCUGGCAAUUUCAGAACUGAACCAAAUUUUUUGUCCAUGCACACCCCUAUUGAAUGUUAUGUUUUAAAUGUUUUAAAUGUUAAGAAGAUUACAAUAUAUAUAUAUAUAUAUAUAUACAUAUAAAUGUUUUGAUAUAAAUAAACAAACUUUUUUUUUAUUGUUUUCUCUUCUUUUUAGCACAAACGACCUCUGCUCCAUUAUUACUUUGAGAUAGACUAACAGAGAAGUUCUCAGGGAGCAAAUAAAGUGUUUGUUGAAUCCCUUACACACAAUAGCAGCUUUCAAAAUUUAUUUGAGAAACCAAACUACCACAAGGUUGACAUUUCUAGUAAACUUAAUGCCAUUUAUUAGUCAUAUAGGUAUAUAAGCCUGGCUUGUUAGUAGUUGUAGUUUUGUAAUUGUGGUAUUUUGCAGUUGUUUAAUAAAAGUAACAAGCUUAUAGCUAAAUAAUAUUGUUAGAAGCACAGACAUUCAAAAAACAACGGUUUUUAUUUAGAUAUUUUUGUGCGCCAGUCAUGCAUUAACAUUUUUAAAAUUAAAAUGACUUUACACUAUAAUUGUAACUUUUGCUUGGAGGCAUGCUUAGGAAAAAUGGUAUAUGGGGGGGGGGGGGUGACCCAUUUAAGCUAAGUGGUUACAAUUUGAUGAGACAAUCUUUACGAUUUUUGUAAGGAAGCAAAGUUUUAAAAGUAUUAAAAAUAUAUAUUUUUUCCAAUAUCUAAAUGAUCAAAAGAACACUCUAAAUCCCUAACAUUAUGUGUGAAAAAGUAGAAACUGACAAUUUUAUAAAUGAACAACCCUUCCUGUUACUUCUUGGUUUGGUUAGCUCAGUGGAGCUAAACUCAAGAGGCAUCAAUUGCCCAGAGCACCUGCUUUGCAAAGACUUCUCACUGAGCUGCAUUGGGAAGUAUGUGAUUGGCCAGCCACAGAAAGUCUGGGCGGGAUUAGACAAGAAAUCUGCAGCUUUUGCAAGCUGCUUUUAGAUAUACCUAAAUUAAAGAAAUGCAUAAGUACAUGCAUAUUUUAAUUGGGAGUAUGUACUAAGUAGUGCUUUUUAUUAAUUUAUGUAUUUAUUUUAUUUGGGCAGUAAAGUGUCUCUUUGUCCCUAACCCACGUCUGAUUUGGUUUGAGACAGUAAAGUUAAUUUCUAUCUGAAUAACGUUAAACAUGGUGAACUUCAUCAGAAUCUAAUAUUUAGGCUGCUUUAUGAUUUUAUAGAUAACCUUCAUAAUGUUUGUGGUGAACUCCAUGUUUAUGCAUAUGCUGCAAUGUAAACUAGAAGACUAAUAUAUCUUUAAAUAUACUCAAGACAAAACACUGGCAUUUUCCAAUAUACUGCAGUGUACAUACUCAUUACUUCCUGUUCUGUAUCAACCACAAUGGGCUGUGGUGAUUAUCUCCUUCUCCUAGCUCUGAAUGCGUCAUACUAUACUGGUGAGUAUAAAUAACAUAAUUAAGUUGAAUUUAAAAGGGAAUUCAUAAAAAUGUAUAUUAUAGCAUAGUUUUUUUUUCCCCCAAAAUGUUAUUUGGAUUUUCUGUUUGAAGCAGAUGGCAUGUGUCCUUUAUAGCAGUGUUCCCCAACCUAGUCCUCAGGGACCACCAACAGUCCAGGAUUUAAGUAUUUCCCUGUUUUAUUCUAAUGGAGAUACUGACAAACCCAGUGGUCCCUACAGACUGGGUUGGGGAACACUGCUCUAUAGGAUACAUUAUAAGUCAUGCAUCAUUAGACACGCGACUAAAGGCCUUGAUUUAAUAAGCUUUCAAAAUGAUUCAGUAUUGUUAGAAGAGUUUCGAAAUGAUUUAUCUACAGAAGUCACCAUUGAAGUCUUUGGGACGUUUCUGGAGAUAUAUCAUUUGGAACUUUUUCCAAAAGUAUUGCAUUAUUGGAAAAGCUUAUUAAAUCGAUGUCUUUGUCUGCAGUUCCCCAUACUUGCAGACAUUAAAUCAUGGUUAACCAAGAGUUAACUCAUUAAUAACUAGUUUUACUUUUGCAAAAUGUAUAAGUAUUACUCUUGAUGGUGAGUACAUUUUAGAUGUGGCUAGUAUCUCAGGAGAUUACAUUUUUAGCCUUACUACCUGAUAACAUUCUAAGUAAAGUAAUAAAAAGUAAUUUAGAAAUAUAUUUUCGAGACCUGAGCGGGGAUUUACUGUAUGACAAGCUAUUGAGUUUCUCUAAGCUUUUGUCCGUUUUCCUAUUCUCUGAUUUUGUUGCAAUGCAUAAACUUGGCUCUCCUCAAUUUAAAAGGGUAAUCCAGAUGUGGACCCCGUGCUCACUGUGCCUAGAAGGCUAUUGAUGUAGAAAUUUGAAGCAUGGAACCGAAUGGGGCCAUGGACCGAGGUAGCACUUUGCCAUCCCUGUACACGUUAACUAGUCCGCAGCAAGCAUUUAUUUGUAGAGCUUUUCCUCCUCCCAGGGCCACUAUCAAUACAUGAGUCAGGGGCCCUGUACGUGUAGUUGUGACUGUACCUGUAUAUUUAUUUUUCUGCGAGCAUGUGUAUGUAUUUGUAUGUUUCUUGAUGUAGAUAUUCAUGAGUGUGAGGCUGUAUUUAUGUAUCUGUGCGCAUCUGUAUGUGUGAGGUUGCGUUAUGUAUCUGUGUGUGUUUGCAUGUGAAAGGCAGAAGUUUGUUUCUCAGACCAAAAUGGCUGAUAAAAUCACAAAAGAAAAAAUGUAUAAAUCAAAAGAAAAUUAAACUUUAUUGAUUUAUAAUCUCAAAAUAACACACAACACAUAAAUACCCUCUGAUGAACCUUCUCUGGCGAAAAGUGCACGUUAGGGGCUCAGACGGCAUCCCUUCUUUUUUUGUAUAUAUAUAUAUACAACCGGAUCAACCAAAUCAAGUAAGGGAUGCAGUGAUAAUGCUCUUUUUUUGUUUUUAAUAUGUUCAUUGGGAAGGUAUAUACUAUAAAACUUUAACUAUUUAGGAAUUUUUAUGUAUUUUGCUGUAGUUCUGCAUUGCAGCUAGGUGACUAUUCAGGGCUGUCUUAACGCAUGGACACCUUGGACAGUUGCCCGGGGCCCCAUGAGCUUAGGAGCCCCAUAGACUUGCCAACGUUUUAGUAUGUUAUUCCGGUAGAUUUAUUCAGAGCUUUCAGACCCUCUUUAUUAAAAUGUUUAGGUGGACUAAUCAACUCAGUAUCAGCUGUUUCAAAUACAUAUCUUGACCUUGUUAAAAAAAACAACAUAUACGUAAUAAUUGUACAUAAGUAUGACAACAUCAACACACAUACAUUUUUGAAGCAAUAAAGCUAUAAUAAAGUAAUUCUAAUAUUUUUCACAGUCCAUGCCAGUUGCCUCCCCCUGCUAUUUACUAAACAUUUGUGUGGAUUAAUCUCUGCUUUACAGCAGGUUUCUUUAAUUUUUUUGUGUGUUUGCAUGUGUGUAUAAAUGAGUGUAUUUCUGUGUGCAUCUGCAAAUUGAUGCCUCAGUGACAGAUUGCACUCUCUAUAUGUGUGUACUUGAGUAAAUUAGUGAGGUCUAAUUAUUUUUUGAAAAAAAAAGUUGCAUUUGAAAAUGUGAAAGUGCGCUGCUAUGAAAUAAAAUGCCCUGGACAGUUGUUGUUCCAAGUCUACUCCGGACAGCUACAUACACAUAGCCACACACCUCACCCACAGCUACUAACAGUAACAGAUAAGAAUAACCAUACCUCACAGUAACUUACAUCAGUCACAGCUACUCACACACAUAGACGUGCGCAGCCUAUUGCAUUAGGGUGUGCACCCUAAAGCACAAGCACACGCCGCAUAUAUGUAUGUAUGUAUAUAUAUAUAUAUAUAUAUAUAUAUAUAUAUAUAUAUACUGCUGUGUGUGUUUGUGCUGUGUGAGGGUGCUGGUACUGUGCUAUGUGGGUGUUUGUGUGUGUGUGCGACUGUGCGCUUGUGAGGAUGCUGUUAAUGUACUGUGUGUGAGGGUGCUGUUUGUGUGUGAGGGUACUGGUAGUGUGCUGUGUGUUUGUUAGGGUCCUGUUAGUUUGCUGUGUGAGGGUGCUGUUUGUGUUUGUGACGGUACUGUUAGUGUGCUGUGUGUGUGUGAGGGUGCUGUAUGUGUGUGGGUGCCGUAUGUGUGUGUGUGGUUGCUGUGUGUGUGUGUGGGGGGGGGUGCUGUGUGUGGGUGCUGUGUGUGUGUGGGUGAUGUGUGUUCUGUUUGUGUGGUGUAUGUGUGAGGAUGUUGUGUGUGUGUGUGUGUGUGGGUGAUGUUUGUUUGCUGUAUGUGUGUGGGUGCUGUGUGUGGGUGCUGUGUGUGUGUGUGAGAGUGUGGUGUGUGAUGUGUGUGUGCUGUUUGUGUGCUGUAUGUGUGUGCUGUGUGUGUGUGCUGUUUGGGUGAUUUGUGGGGGUGGAGGUGGGGGCAGAUUAGUUAAUAAAGAUCCCCCCUCCCUUCUUACCUUAUGUAGGGAUGGGGGACCGUGCUGCUGCCUUCCCUGGUGGUCCAGUGGAGGUGGGGGUAGAUUGCUUAAUAUCCCCCUCCCUUGUUACCUUAUGCCAGGGAGGGGGGAUCCUUUCUGCCUUCCCUGGUGGUCCUAGUGGUGAGAGUGAACUCUAGCCUGCGGGGCUAGAGUUCACUCUCAGGAGAUCUGAGUGUUGCCACGGUAACCGCGGCAACGCUCAGAUCUCGCAAGAAGAACCCGGCGGAGCUGCUGGCAAGAGCUCCCCGGGUCCUCUCCUGCCUUCCUCCCUGCCUGUGGGUCGGUGGGGAGGGAGGCUGAGAGCAGAGCCGGCGCUCGGAUAGCGCCGGCUCUGCAUGAGCCGACAGGGGGGAUCCUGAGAUCUCCCCUGCCGGUCUCAAUACAUAGACGUGCCGCGGGGAUUAGGGUGUGCCCAUGCACACCCGGCACACCCCGUGCGCACGCCUAUGCUCACACACCACUCACAGCUACUCACACAGCACUCACAGCCAUGCAAACAUCACGCAUAGCAUAUUUUGGUGCACAUAGUUUUGGGGGGGAAGGAGGGGCAGCAUUUCAUCCUUGGACCCAGGCAGCGCAAUGUCUUUACACACUGGCCCACAAACAAACACAAACAAUGACCUGAUGACACACAUUGACUCAAAUACACACAUUUACUGAUCCAUACACAUACAAACACACUGUCCCACAUUGUGAACCACAUGGUUACAUAAACAUACAUAGCUACACAUACAGUUAUACACUGUUACACAGACAUGUAAACACAUACUAAUACUCACACAGUUUAAAACUGUUACAUACACACACUGUUACCUACUAACUGUAGACUCACAUUUACGCAUGUUAUUACCUUGUCUUCUUACUACAUUUGCAUGUGCUGAGUGUCUCAGGCAUCCCAGCAACCUUCUACCAAAUACAGUAGAUCACUGCCACCACUGAAGCCCCCCUCACAUCUCCCAAACCCACAGUCCUGCCCUCCCUAUUACAUGGGCAAUGAAGCAUUUUUUUUUAAUUAAAGGAAGGUUUCACAGGCCGCUUUCAACCCCUGACUGAAGCAUCAUUGUGAAACCCACCGUUAAUAUAAAACAAAAAUUUGCUUGUGGAAUGGAGAAAACAGGACUGCGAGUUGGGGAAAUGUCAGGGGGGCACUUGUGACACCUGUCCCCUCUAAUCCCCCUUCACUACACCUCUAAUCAGUACAAUGUAGCUAUCUAUAUGGUCCUGUAUAAUAAAGGUGCCUGCUAGGGCACUACAAAAUAAAUAUGGAUAUUUUGUACAUUUUGUCUCUAUAAUUUAUGUAUGUGUAUUUAGUUUGUGUGAACUGUUACUUUUUAGGGUAGUUUUAUUUUUGUUAGUGAUGCCCCUCUAUAUUAUGGAAAGACAUCAAAGAACUGCUGAUUUUUGGAAGUAUGGGUAAAUCAAAAAAAUCUGUACUAACACGCAAAUAGAAUAGAAUACAGGCCAAGGUGUGUGUGUAUAGUAUAAAAUAUAGUUUGCCAAUGCUACCUUUAAAAUAAUUUCCUGUUUUAAUAAUGCAAACAGUUAAGAAGUAUUGUCCAUUUUCACAGUUUCAUCAAAUUCAUACAUAGCCACAAAAUGCUACCCGUUUGGCUGAUAUCACCCCUUAAUUAUAUUAUAUCUAUAGGCAGUUCUUUAUUUUAUCUUUAAUUUUUAAAAAUAGGUAAUGUUCAUUUAUAAUCGGUGUACUAAAUAUGUACACAUAACUGUUUGUGUACUGUAUCAGUAAAGACUAUGUGAGCAGGGAAAGCGCUUUACAGAUUUAAUAAUGUGUUUUGUGCUGGCAUUGCAAAAUGUGUUUCAUGUAGUGGAUGAUUGAACAUGUCUGAUUUUCAUAUUAAUCACAUUUUUUUUUUUUACAAGUUAGUUUCAGUUGCCAGCCUUCAAACUACAUCCACGAAGUCCCUGUAGAAUACAGUGAAACUGUGGGUUAUGUCGCUUCUGAUGUCCUACUGACUUGCGUCUUUGACAAUGAAACAAUUGGACAAGCCCGGUGCAAUGAUACAGCUGUUAUCUGGAGUUUAAACACCAGGAUGCAUUUAGUUGAAUUUAAUAUCCAUAAAGCUUCAGUCCAGUUUUGGUACAACUGGGGUCACCGCAUUGAAGUUGGCGAAUAUUUGAAGAGCAAAAACUUUUCCAUAAUAUUGAAGAACAUCAGUUUACCUGACAGAGGCAAUCUCACCUGUAUCCUUUAUGAUGGAGCAGAUUACAUGAUGGCUGUAAGAACAAUUCACCUACAGGUAUUGCAACAGCAGACUGCAGGUAAUAUAAAGGAACAACAUUUAAAAUUUAAGUUUGACAUUUAUCCAGGAAAUCUUUAAAUAUGCAACUCUUGUGAGGUAGCUUAGUUGGAAAAUUCCCUGACUUCAAAGCCUGUUCUAAUAUACUAGGUCACAGGUUCAAAUCAACUCAGCCCUUCAUCCUUCUGAGGUCGAUAAAAUGAGUCCCAUCAAUUGGGUAAUAAUAACAUCUAUUACUAUUCAGCUGCCGAUUUGAUUAAUUCCAAGAGCGUGCGCUGAAAAGUGUUUUGAGUCCCACUGGGAGAAAGGCACUAUAUAAAUACUAAUUACUGAUAUUAUAAUUAAUAAAGGGAUCUUCAAUGGUACUUUACAUUCAUUAUUUCUUUUGAAACUCGCUAGGAACUUCUUACUUACUUCUUUAAUAUGGUAUAUAGCUUAUUGCACAUUUUGCAAAUUAGUUAUAUUUCGUCCCUUAAUCAAUUUUUUAUAAGUUGCCAUGUUCUGUAUAUUAUAUGUACGUAUUAUAAUCUGCUUUAAAUUGAUACUAUAGAGAGAUCUUAUUAUAUUUUUUCAUUCAUUAUAUAUACAGCAGAAAACGUUGGCUUAACAUGUAGCAAAACAACAGUACAGGUGAUAAAUGUACAGUACAAUUCUGUCAACAUAUAUUUUAUGAUAGUGAUAAUGUAGGAAAACAAUUUUGUGACAGACCCUCUAGAGUGACAAAAUAGUAUGGGUACGAACUCAGUAGGUACACAACCCCAAGGGUCUUAAAGAGAGAUCUUAUUCACGUCAAAAGAAAAUACAAAUACAUGUUUUACAAGUAACAUGAUGCAGUGUUUUCUGGGUCAUUUUCUUGUCAGAUAUUUUCCAUGUUGGCAUGAAAUGGUGCGAUUUAAAGGUAGAAGGAUGAAUGCAAUUACAUCCCUUUGUAUGUUCACAUUUUCUGAUCAUGGGGCCCGAUCAAUUGUAUAUCUAUAAUAAAAACAAACCAAACAAUUGUUUUUUCACACCAUUACGCAUUUUAUUAAGAGUUAAUAAAUUGUACUAUAAAAGUAGAGGAAUAUGCAGAGUUAGUAGUUAAGCUGUAUUAUUGCCACGACCGAAUGCAAUUUCAAAUAAAAGUCCUGCUAUUGUUUUGUCAGUAGUGAAGGGGUUAAGUAUGAAGGUCAGAAAGUCCGUUAUAUAGCAGGGUACAUACAUACACAUCGCUUCCUGUUCUGUACUGACCACAAUGGAUUGUGCUAGUUAUCUCCUUCUCCUAGCUCUAAAUACAUCAUGCUAUCCUUGUGAGUAUAAAUAGCUUUUAUUUUGUCAGUUACAUAUGCACUUCAAUUUGACAUUCAACGAAUAAACCCCACAGUAUUUAAAAGUAGAGAAAAAUUAAGAUGUGCAUAUAAUUGUUUUUGUUGCUAAGUUGCAUGUAGUUUGUUGGAGCAUCCAUGAUUUACAAGGUUAACCUGCGGUAGAAUAUAAUGAUUUACAUAAUUCCACAGCACGUUACAACUAAAAAUAAGGGAAAUAAAACAGAUAAUUGCCAAAUAGUAGAAAUUAAUGUUUGAGCUGUCUGGACUUAGAUUUGCACUAAUAAAUUGAAAGGAAUGCCAAAAUUCACUACAGUAUUUAUUAUGAAGGAGGUUGCGCUUAUAUAAACCUGUUGAUAAAGCGCUUAUAGGAGACGCAAAACGCGUCCUCAUCUGUGCUUGGUAAUGUCCACCUAAUGUCCACCUGUCUUUUUUUUUUUGUCCCCCGUUGUUGAGCCAAUUUUCUAAUGAUUUUUUUUUUUUGUGUUGCUGAUGUGCCAUAUUUAUAAGAUUUAAUAUUAUAAUGCAUUUCUAAUAAAAAGAAGAUCUUUUGGAUAUAACUCCUUACAAGCAUUUUCUCGCUGUGGGAUAGUCAAUUUUAAGAUUUAUUUUUUUUCUUCUUUUUUGAUAAUUUGUUAUUUUUGAUGUGCAUAUAAGUACAAAUCAGCAUUUAACGCCACAACAGCGAAGGCAUGCUUACAACAUUUUUAAAACAGUGGCAUGAGAACUGCACAUUUAAAAAGAUUAAUUAAACAAGCUAGGCUGGCAUGUCUAUAUCAACACCAGUAAUGUGGGACUACUUAGUCAGGAGUGGAUAGACAUCUGCGUACGAUUCAUUAACAGACUGAGUACGGUAAAACAUAUAAAACUGAAAUCAUGGCAUAAGCUGAUUGUAGGUAAAAAUACGAUUACUCUAGGACAUGUUAUAGAAGAGUGAAACCACUGGGGUUAAGUUUAGCAUUACUUCACCACUCCUCAAGCAAUAAAAUGAAAAGAUAAAAACAAAACAGCAAUAUUGAUAUCAUUUAGUGAGACUAAAAGGCAGGUAUGCAUCUGUUCUUAGAACAGGAGAUGGUAAUGCAGGCGUUGAACUUGUAGCUAGAAUCAGCCGAUUCCCUUAAGCGGCAAGGUUAGCGUUACUGUAAUGAUGUCUGGUAGUAAGGCCACAUAGCAGUUCCAAGGUGUUGCGAUCUUGCAGGCCAACCACCAUAUUCCCCAAGCCUGGGCGCUCCCAGUGAUAAAGGUUUUCCUCUGCUCGGGAUACCCCGAGAAUCCAGGCAUUGGUCGCUGCUUUUGGCAGGUGUUCCACUGCAGCCCCACAGCUCUCCGAGCCCAGGACUGAACGGGAGCCAUAUACAUUUGUCCACGGACCCUUGUGCGUUGGGCGGCAGGAUCGGGACCCUCAUGGGCCCUGUGGGAGAACUGUGUGCCGGAGUAGCGGACUGCUUUGGUGGAUCAAGGAUGGCGCUGGGUAGUUAACUAAGUACCUGUAAAAAACAAAAAAAAAACUUACCAUUUGAUGUCUUCUUUUUUCUAAAAUCUUAUUUUUUCACCCCCAAAAAAGGCCAAAUAAAAAUCCUUAAUGACCGUUGCAAUUAGAAAAACAAAACAAAAACCCGAGCGCAAAUUUUUUUUUAUCCAGCAUGGAAGGCUCCGCGCAGACUGAGCUCUGCAAGGCGGGGGAAGGCUUAUAAAGCCUUCCCCCCCCUGCAAUUAGGCUAAGAACACUCUGAUUGGCUGGAUUUCAAGCUUACCCAUCAGAGUGCUCUGUGUCAUUUUACUCAGCGUGGGGAAAUUCAGAAGAACUUUCCCACGCUGUGUAAAUUGACACAGAGCACUUUGAUUGGCUUAAACCAACCAAUCAGAGUGUUCUUAGCCUAAUUGCAAGGCGGGGCAAGGCUUUAUAAGCCUUCUCCUGCCCUGCAGAGCCCAGUUUGGGAAAGCCCUCCAUGGAUGAAGAUGGAUUUUUUUUUUUUUCGCUCUGUUUUUUUUUUCUAAUUGCGACGGUCAUUAUGGAUUUUUAUUUGGCCUUUUUUGAGGCUGAAAAAAUAAGAUUUUAGAAAAAAGAAAACAUCAAAUGGUAAGUUUUUUUUUUUUUACAGCUACUUAGUUAAUGGUCCCCUCAUUAUUUUUAGGGUGAGGGGGGUAGGUAGGGGUUAAUUUUUUUAGGGAGGGGGGUCACUAGGGGUUUGGGGACCCCUAGUCACCUGGGAGGGUUACAUUUUUACUUAGUGCCCCCACCUGUUGCGGUACAGCGAGUAGGGGCAUAAUUUACUAAAAGACCAAUUCAGGUCUUUCAGCCUUUUAGUAGAUAGUUUCCUAAUACCGUGGGAAUAAGGGAGUUAUCUACUUAUUCAUUCCUGUCAUUCCAUUGAUUGGCUAAGUAACUUACAUUUUAUAUGAAUGCGUGUUUCUUGAUUGUUGUAAGUGUUGCAAAUGCUUACGGCUGAAUCCUGGCUAUGUUUGUAUACUUUUUAUUUAAAACUUGUAUACAGUGUAACAUUCUUCUUCUUCCACUGGGUAAGUAUAUUAGUAGAUAGGCAAUACUGUGCUUCGGAACUUCGGCACUUCGACACUUCGACACUUCAGAAAUUCGGUAAUUUCGGAACCUCGGCAAUUCGGCACUUCGGCUAUUCGGACAUUUGGAAGUACCCGAAUGUCCGAAUUGCCCAAAAUUCGUCCGAAUUCAUAUUCGGACUGAAACGAAUUGCACAUGUCUAAUAUAUGCCAUCAUAUGCCCAUUUGGUCUUUUUAUGUUGGACGUACCAUACGCUCCUUAAAUGUACGCGAUCAGGAACAUCAAAAAUGGUUUUGAGAAGCACAGUCUUUCAUUACAUUUCAUAAAAAUGCAUAAUAAAAAUCCAAGUAACCUCCAAUUUAUGGGCAUACAAAAAAAAUCAUACCAAAUUGGAGAGGUGAAGAUCUGAUACAAAGAAUAGGUCAGAUGGAAAUGGGAUGGAUUUUUAAUUUAAAUAUAAUAAUACCUCAGGGGCUGAAUAGCGAUUUUGAACUUUGUCACUUUUUUUUAACAGUUUAAUAAAUAUUUUAUUCCCUCCAUAUUUAUGAUUGCUAAUAUGCAUUUUCUAUUUAUUUUUACUGUCUUUUAUUAUGUUGUUCAACAUACUUUUUAAUGUAAGACCCCUCAUUUCUUAUAUCCCUAUUCAGAAUACUAUUUUAUAUAUUUCUAAUAUGUUGAUUAGGCUGAAUGUCCUCUGAUCAAUACUGGACUUUACAAUAUUUAAGUUGAGGGAUAAUUAUAUUUACUUGCAACAUUAUCAUAAGCAUAUUGCCAAUAUGUAACUUUCCUGUUACUUGUUUCCGUUUUUAUCCAUUACCUCUUAUGGGAGAGGCUGUAUACCAAUAGAGACUCUGUUGCCAACUUGCCAUCAAGCAAAAUGGCGAUCAUGGACUCAGCCAUAUACACGACUAAGAAGGGCGUCACGUCACUUGCGGGUGACGUAAUCGGAACCUGGCAAAUCACACAUGAUGGAAGCAGAGCGGUUGGUGGAAACCACGCAGCAAUUACCCAACAAGGACUCCACUCACCAUUUAAAAAGAAGACUGGACACUGGAACUCCACACCGAUUGAAAAAGCCGAUAUGGCGAAACGCGUCUCGGGAACCACCCAAAGGAUUGAAAUUUGUGAAACUGUCACGUAUUUGUUGUUUUAUAUUUAAAGUAUCUUUUACAAUAAAUUAAAUUUUAACUUAAAACCACAUCUUCUUCUGUGGACUUCAAAACCAAGUGUUCCAGUUACCUAAAGAAGGGGUUGUAUCCUCUAUUUGGUACACAAGCUACUAUACUUAGAGCCAGGUUUAACGGCUCUAAUCAGGAUACAUCACCUGAAGGAUUCGUGAUCCUAAAUACAAGCCUGCUAGAGUGAUCUGAGCCUGUAAUAAUUAGGCUCAGAACCAUGUGAGUGAAUCCAAUUAAAAACUAUCUACACUUUCACCCACUCUGAACGUACUAUACUAUUUGCUAUUUCCCCACUCAUGUUACCAAAGUCCCAGGGGGUGAGUUAUUUUAUUCUGAGCGCUCCACCUCUGACUGGGGUUGGUUUUUAUACCACACAGUUAACUACCAUAUUCAUCAUUUGCUUUGUUCUAAGGAGUGAGAGAAUUACACAUUGGUGGUAGCAACACAGACUUAUUCACUGCUGUACUAUCAUUGUUAUAAGCCCCUGUAUACACAAUAUCACUGCUAUUGUUAUCUUGUUAAGUGCCUGCUUAAUCAAUUUUCUAAAAUAAUCUACAUUUCUCUAUUUUCAUUUCUUUGUUUCCCCUAGAUUCCUGAUUAUACUUAUUCUAUCUCCCUAUUAACCCCUUUAUCCCCUUGUGCUAUUAACUGCAAGAAAGAAAAUCUGUGAUUUCUCUUAUUUUAUGUAUGAUUCUUUUUUCGUCUUCCCUUGUUAAAAAGUUGAGUGCCACUAGUGCCAUUUUUUUCUCCUUUCUUUUUUCUUUUCUUUCCCCUCUAGUAUUUGGGACCUCCCCAUUUGUUGACUAGUGGUUGGAGCUGUUUCCGAUUUUAUUUUUGUUUAACCAACUUUUUCGGUCUUCUGCAUAAUUAAUAGUUGUGAUCUUCCCUUCGUGAGAUAUAAUAAUUCUCGUUGGGAAUCCCCAUCGAUAAUUAAUAUUAUUCUGUCUUAGAAUUAGUGUGCCGUCAGAGAAGGUCUUCCUUUUUUGUCUGGCUGGCCAUGAGAGAUCCUGGAAUAUUUUCAAUGUUUUGUAUUCUUCUGCGCAUUUAUUGCUUGUUAUGGCUCUCAAAAUUUGCAACUUAAGGUUAUUUCACUCUGUGCCAUCUUUCCAUUAUGGAGAUUCUGGGGACCCAUUCCACCAUCAGAUGCUUAAAGAAUUCCUCUAUGUAUGCUUCCAGAUUUUUUAUAUUUAUUUGUUCUGUUACUCCUCUAAUUCUUAAGUUAAUCCGUCUUGACUGGUUCUCUAGGUCUAUAAGUUUGUACUACAUGUCAGCCAUCUUUUUUUCCAGCACCAGACGUUCUUCUUUGUGGACCUUUUCCUUUAGUUCCAACCUGUUUCGUUUUUCUUCUAUUGCUUGAAAACUUUGGUUGAGAGUCAACAGUUCUUUCUUUAUGUCUGGAGUAUUAGCUUGGAUUUCUUCUCUCAGUUUUCCAAACUGUGUAUCUAAAUGUCUGAGUAGGUAGUCAUAUUUAUUUCUUCCUUCUCUUGACUCUUGUGUUUCUUCCGCUUGUUCUUUAUUGAUGCCUUCCUCUGAUGGAAUAUUAGAGAGAAGAGAUUCCUCCAUGUUUGUUUUAUUACUUGAUAGGUUUGGCGAAAAGAAGGAAAGGCGUUUUUCUGUUUUGUAUUUCAGGCUUCUUCUCUUUUUUUAAGUGCUUGCCGUUUUGUGUCUUUUUUGUAGCCAUUUGUAUUUUAAUUUGUAUUUGUGUUUUAGUUUAACUCUUUUUCCUGGAGGUUAUAUGCUCUUUAGGCUAGAACUAUCUUUGCUUUUAGUGUAGUACCCUUUUGUAUCUUGCGUUUCUUGCUCCCCAACUUCUUAUGCUCCUCACCUUCACUCCCACCUUCACCUUUCUAUCCUGGCACACAAUUAUGUUUUAUAAUUUUUUUCCCUUUUUCCUUCCUCUUCUGUUUCCUAUUCUGUUGCGCAGAAAAUCGUGCUAAGUAACAGGAAUAGGUGAGAAGCGCAAGUGGUGUGAGAGCAAAGAGAAAGAUCCAGACAAUAUCUAGAAGGGAAAGCACUAGAAGUAACAAAAGCCUCUGGGCAAAUCCACCUGGCACACUGCAGACCUUUUUAGUAGACUUUCCCAUGCUAUGGAAAUUAACUGGUUUUAAAUAAUUUUUAAAUCAUGUAUUGCCCCCUGAUUGCAGAUCUCUAUAAUAUCCCUAUUUCACCUCUUCUUAGGGGUCCACUGAUUUUCAGGAGACUCAAUGUUUAUUCCAACCCCUGCAGAGUAAACAUAUAAUGUAAACAGACUGACAAAUUAGUAACAACUGGCACUUAGCUUGCGGAGGUGCUCUCCCGCUUGCUGUUUUCUCCUAUUAUCCAUGUUUUCUAUUCGCGUUGAAUGUACUUGCAUGAGUUGGCUCCCUUGGGUUUAUCCGUUGGGGUAUCUGGCUGGCUGUGGCUUUGUCCGGCGUAAGGAUAGCUCCCUACAUCCCCCUGCUUCUCUGUUUUAUGCGACACCCUGAGUGGCACACCAAGUAAGUCGGGUUGUCUCCUCCGCUAGUCAGCUCCCUCGAUCGUUCCCUCAGCCGCAAGGAUAUUUUGGAUAUUAAGAACCAGCAAGCUUGGAUUUUAAAUAUAAAAUCCUCUCCUGUUUAUUUGAAACAGUUGCAGAACAACAUCAAGGAAACAAAAACAAAAUAGAGGAUGGGAUUAUGAUUCAAAAGGACCAGGGACAAAAACUAACAAUAGACUGUACAAAAACUACAACUUCUGGAUGAGAUCCAAAAGGUUAAAACUUUACAGUCUAUGGUUACUGUAACGGAGCUCCAGUACUCGGACCAAGUACCUCCGCCAAGUCUGCUUCCUUGUAGCUAUCAGGGACCCUGAAACACUUCAGACCCAGACACCGAGGCUUGACUGGGAUCACUUAGGGUUUUUUCCACCCUGGACCAAACACCAGACGACACAUGGUGAAGGUUAAACAGCAACUCUUUAAUGAAUACAGCACACAUAGUUUAAGCCCCCAACAACCUCAUUUACAUACAAUAGGCUAAAAAGAGCACCACAGUACAUGGAAGGGUGGAGUCAGACAAUAGCAAGGGCUUAUGGGAGAUUGAGGAGGGACAGGGCAGCCAGUUUAAACUGGUCUGGCAGUGUCCCUGGGACAACGCCCGGCUGGGGAAACAAUAGGACAGGAAAAAGGGGGACCAGCAAUACAUUCAACAUACCCUGCACAAAUAAUAGGCACAGUGUGACAAAACACAAAAGGAGUUUGGGAGCCCACCCAUAGUGUCUGUCUUCCAUCUCCAGUGACGGUAACUACCGUCACAGUUACUUUUAAUCCCUUGGUAUUCGAAACACUACGCAUUCUUUAGUUAAACAAAAAGCUGUGUUUAAACAGUGCUCAUCCUAACAACUUUGCUAAAUCCUGGACACUUGUAUACAUUGCAGAAUGGAGAUGCAAUCAUGAUCUCAUUGAUAGUGAACGUUUGAUCAGACAGCAUCAGGUUAUCAGAUUAAGAAUUAUUUUUUGAUACUGUGGAGUUUAAAAACAACGAAUUGUAGAAAUAAAAUCCACAUUACAAAUAUAUACUAGAAUAGCCAUUCUGUGAUUAUAGCUCAGUUAUUUUCUCAAACAGCUACUGUUGUCCUCAUUUUGCAGUUUGGGGUUACAUUUCACUACAAUUCUAUGUUUAGCAAAUAAACCCCUUAGUGUACAUGGAUGUCCUCACCCAAAGUCCAACUUUGCAGAUUCCGCACUACUGCACUAAUCUAGUGUAAGAGACCAAAAGAGUCAUGUAGUAUAUCUCUCACACCUUACUUGAGCAAAUAAAAUAUGUAAUUAUCACAUUGCAAAAUUACAAAAAAAAAUGUAAGUUAAAAUAUCAGGGAAAAAAUACACAUUUGUAGACAGAAUAGGUACUCCUGGUGGACAUGCAUGUUUGGUAGCUGCCUUCCAUGCCUACUGCAAUCCAGCCCUGAUUGCCACUGACUGUGAGAGGGGACAACAAUAGAUAUUUGUUUUGUUUGUAAAGGAAUGCAAUUUUAUUGAUAUUGCAGCAUUUGUUAAAUGUAUUGAAUGACUGGGCAUCUCUGGUGUUUAUAGUAAUAGUAUUAUUUUCUCACAAGUUAGUUUCAGUUGCCGAUCUUCACGCAGCAUCCAUGAUGCUCCUGUGGAAUACAGUGAUACUGUGGGAUACGUGACUUCCGAUGUGCUACUGUCCUGUGUUCUAGACACUAACACAAUAAAACAAGCCCAGUGCAAUGACACAUCUGUUGUAUGGAUUUUAGGCACCGGGAUAUAUUUGGUCGAAUUUAACUUUCAGAAGGAUUCAGUGCAAUUUUGGACCAGGUGGAGCCAGCGUAUUGAAGCUAAUAAGGACUUUUUGAAGACUCAAAACUUUUCUAUUGAAUUUAAGAAUGUCAAUUUGUCUGAUGGAGGUAAUCUGAGCUGCAUACUGUAUGAUGGACCAAAAUAUGUGAUGGCUGGAAGAAUAGUCCACUUGCGCAUAUUGCAGGUAUUGCAGCUGCAACCCAAAGGUAACGUCAUUAAAUAAGAAAGCAUAAUUUUAAAUUAAUACUUAUUCAUCCCAUUAGCUCAUAUUUGCUGUAGAUUUAACCGUGGAGAUUGAUCUAUAGGGGCAAUAAGAUUGGUUUUCUAGGGGAAGCGAGAUAAUCUAAAAAAUAUGAAAACAAACUAGAUUAACAUACUCCAACCAUUUCCAUAUAUAUUUCAAAAUAAAAUAAAAAAUCUUUCCCCCAAUUGGUUGCUGUGUGGAGAAGUUCUUUUGAGAGCAACUAGGCAUGUCAAAAAUAUGGGACAGUUUUGAAAUCUGUCCUAUUUCAGCAGGUUUUGCACAUGUCUUAUCUUAUAGGAGCCGCCUAUUGAGUUGCUAUUCGACCAGCAGAGCUAGCUGCCCAUUAGUGAAGUCAUACUAUUGGCCUUUCUAUUCAGGGGCCAUAAUUGGUUCAUAACACCAAAGGGUGGGGUUUCAGAGACCAUAGCAGAGAGAAGUAAGCAGCUGCUGUCCCCUGCCAGAUGUAAAUGUAUGAUAUAAGAAUUUUGCGGACCCCUGCAACCGGGUGCCCACUGCCAUGUGUUUUGGCCCCGGCCCCCGCGGCAAAUCGCUGGGGCCGCACAUUCAAGGGGCCCAUCGGGUGGCCCAUGCUGUGAGGGCCACCUGCUGGAGAUGAAUUUCCAGGGGGCUCCGGUCAGCGCUGCGGCGCUUUUACAGCACGACUGGGCCCCCUGUGAUGACAUCAUAGCUGGGAGUAAGUGACUGCCCAUUACUCCUCCUAGCUAUCAGUGAGAGCCCUUGCGGGAGGAAGGAGUCACAGUGGGAACCAGGAGGGUGACUUAAACAUUUUGUAUAUGUGUGUUUUUGUUUGUAUGUGUGUAUGUGUUUGAGUGUCUGUCUGUCUGUGUGUGUGUGUAUGUGUCUGUAUGUAUGUGUCUGUGUAUGUCUGUCUGUGUGUGUGUUUAUGUAUGUGUAUCUGUAUGUGUGUAUGUGUUUGUAUAUGUGUGUGUGUGUCUCUGUAUGUAUGUGUGUAUGUAUCUGUCUGUGUCUGUGUGUCGGUCUGUAUGUAUGUAUGUAUGUGUGCCUGUCUGUCUGUAUGUGUCUUUGUAUGUAUGUGUGUCUUGUGUGUAUGUAUCUGUGUGUGUGUGUGUGUGUCUGAAUGUAUAUGUGUCUGUAAGUAUGUAUGUGUCUGUCUGUAUGUAUGUGUCAGGGAGACAGCCACUAGAGGCUGGAUUAACCCUGCAGUGUAAACAUAGCAUUUUCCCUGAAACUGCUAUAUUUUCAGCUGAAGGGUUAAAACUAGGGGGACCUGGUACCCAGACCCCUUCAUUGAGCUGAAGUGGUCUGGGUGCCUAUAGUGGUCCUUUAACCCCUUAAGAGGUUAUGAUUCCCUUUUAUUCCAUAAAUUUGGUCCUUAAGGGGUUAAAGUGCUCCGUUACUGAGACGCAUGUUGUGGCUAGUUGAAAAAUUGUGUGAAGUCCCACACCGCAUGAGUGGGCUGUGACUCAGAUUCUGGUUUCCGUCUGUAAUUAUUGUUACUACUGUGAACCAAGCCAGCUACUUGUUGGCUCCAUAUUACUAUUGCAGAUUACUUAUAUUGCUAGUUGCAAAGGUAAUAAAGAUUGUAUCAGUAUCCUGCUGCUCUACCCUCCUAAACAUGAAUCUGACAUGUUACAUAACAGCAGCAGAAUUCACUAGAAAGCUAUAGUUUUCAUAACAGAAGCAAUAUUGAAGUUGAGAUCAGAAAAGGGAAGAAUAGAGAGCUAUUUUACUGUGUGAUGAUUCAUGCCUCCCAAUAGUCCAGAUUUUAGUGGGACAGUCCUGAUUUUCGGGUCCUGUCCCGCCGUCUCGCCUUUGCUCCCUGGCAUUCCACUUUUGCGGACACCAGGGAACCAUCCCCAACAAUCAUAGCAUGACUGCAUCAUAAUACGAGCUCACACUAUGUUCAGGGCACUUGGACCAAUGCAGGGAGCACUGAAACAGUGCUCCUUGCAGCGUCAGUCCUCAUUGGGCAGGCAGCCUAAAGUGUAUUCACACAAGGCUGAACUGUAAGUAAUGUGGGCGGACCUCCUUUUGGCCAGAGUCUUUGAUCACGUCACUGGCCAGCUCCCUUUACCCCCUCAAACUGGCCUCCCGAUUUUGGGACUGCUGAUGUUGGUAGGUAUGGGUAUCUCUGUAUUGCAGCUCUGUGUAAUCCAUCACAGUGAUCCUGGCUGUGUGGGAUAGUUAUGGGAAUCUCCUUAUUGUGCCCAGCUCUGUUGUAUACAACAGAGUAUUUCACUCAGCUCAGCUUGUUGUAUUGGUAUCUCUGAAGUACUCAGCUCUGGGUAUUUAAAGUGUAACUUUGUGUUGUGACAAGUUCAGUAUGUUGUAUGUGUACCUCUGUAUUAUGCUCAGCUCUGUGCAUUGUAUUGGUAUCACCUAAUUGUACUGGGUUCUUUGUAUUAUAUGGUAUCUCUAUAUACCUGGCUAUGUGUAUUGUAUGGGUAUCUCUGUAUUGUACUUAGUUCUGUUUAUUGUAUAGGUACCUCUGUAUAUCUCUAUAUAAUAACUAACUAUAAAUAUUGUGUGGGUAUCUCUGUAUUGUACUUAGUUCUGUUUAUUGUAUAGGCACCUCUGUAUAUCUCUAUAUAAUAACUAACUAUAAAUAUUGUGUGGGUAUCUCUGUAUUGUACUUAGUUCUGUUUAUUGUAUAGGCACCUCUGUAUAUCUCUAUAUAAUAAUAAUAAUAACAUUUUCUUGUUCUAGAAUUAAAUUCAGACAUUGUAAGGUCAUCCUCCUAAUAACCUAAGUGAAGGAUUAAAGUAACAUAGAACAGUUACACAUUUAUAAUGUUGGUAGCUUGUAUGUACUAUGACGGUUACAAUGUAAAGAAACACUUUAAGAAACAUAACUUUUACAGUUCGAUGUAGAGAUCAUGUCCCCUAGAGUGUGCAAUCCCCCAUUUUAAAAUAAAAACAUUUAAGAACAGUCUGAUAUUAACCAGUACUCUUCUUGGCACCCGGGGACUGCCCUCUCCUCAGAAACAUGUGAUAAUGUGAAUCACUUACAUUCCAUCUAAAUAGUACUGAUUGGCCGAUAAUACUGGCUCAUUCCAUUGGCCUCCUAGAAAAGCCCUAAUUUAUAUCAAACCAUUCUUAACGUUCUUAAUUUUUUGAAGAAAAAAGAUACAGGACAUCAGAACGUAGUGGAAUAUAUGACAUUGGAGAAGUAGAAAGUAUCAAAGCCAGGUAAUAUGAGUGUUGGUGAUACUAGUGAUACAUAAGAUUGUGCCAUUGCAGUAUAUCAAGAAACAUACCCCAGAAAAACAAAUAAAGGUAACAGUGUCAACUAUAGGCCUAUGAAUAGAAUGUCUGAAAGAAGAGGAAAAAAGAGUGAGUGGCGGAAAGGGAAAAAGAACAGGGCCAGAAAUAUUUUAAUUUAUUUUUUUCUUAUUGCUUUCAUACACUCUUACAAUUUGAAAAAUUGUUAUGGUGCCAUGUUUCUUUAAGGAAUUAACAAAUGGUUUAACUCCAAGCUCUACAAAAUGACACUUGAUUUCAUAUGCAGGUCCGAGCCUGCAAUCAGAGUGUCUUUAGACUCCUUAGUUUUAGAUUUAGUUUAAUUUAGAUUCCUAAUUGAAGCCACGGGCAGCCAUAGGAUGUGGAGAGGCAGAGUGAUCAAGCACCAUUUUUUACACAUUGGGGUUAAAGUGAUCAUUAAUGGUUCAACCCCCCUAAGCUCUCAGAUGGCAUUCUGAAGCACCUUACACAAUAACAACUUCAUUGCAAUGAAGUGAUUAUGGUGCCUGGAAUGGUCCUUAAAUGGACAUGCUCUGCCUUCUUUUACAUUUAUAUAAAAGAUUUAGCAAAGUACAUCAUAAUCUAGUUCAGGUAACGCAAAGAGAGAGCAAACAUUGUAACGAAGAGAAGAAACAGAAACAUUGUUUCAUUUCUCCUAUUCUCUGUAUGCUUUCUCUAGGCUGACUGUCAGCAGCAAGGGACAGAAUUUAUACCAUGUAAUUAGAUGCUCUCAAUAUUGGUUAUAUAAUUUGGUUUCAAAAGCAUGUAUUAAAUGUUUUGUCUUUACUUUGUCUUCUGUUCUUUCUCUUACAGACAAUCACAGUUUUCUAGUUGUCCGCUUUUUUGGUGGGCUGGUCCUUGUACUGUUUGGCACGGCUAUAAUCUCCGUUUUGCAUUUCAAGGGUAGGAUUAAUAUUACAUAUCAUUUUAAUUUUCUUUUUCUAUCUGUUUUCUAUGCAGAUUUAUGAAAGCUUAGAGUUCUUUCUAGACACUAAUAUCAACAAAGGUUUCUUGAUUGGGCAGACUAGAUGGGCCAAAUGGUUCUUAUCUGCCAUCACAUUCUAUGUUUCUAUGUUUCUAUGUUUGAUUUAUAGCUCAUUUUAUACUUAUUGCAAUUCAUUUAAGCUUCACAGAUAUAUUUUAAUCAGAACUAUACAAAAACAAAAUAAGAAGGGUAAAUAGCUCUUAGAAAUGGUAACAUAAUAUAAUCAGGACAAAUGUAAGAAAAUAAAAUUUACUUUAAGAGAAAUGUGUAUACAACUCGGCAUGUAAAUAAAAACAUAACACAUUCGUUAUAACGCUGCAGAAUUUGUUGGCGCUUUAUAAAUAAUAAAAUAAGAAAGCAAAAAGUCUGUCAAACACAAUCAACGGAAUCAGAUUCCAUAGGUACAUUUUCAAUGUUCAAUGUAUAGAAUUCCCAAGCAAUUUUAUUUGUUAUUUAAGAGGACCGUAUUUUAAUCAAGAACAUAAUUUUAUAUUCAAAUUACAAGGAUAGUGCAUAAAGGGACUAUACAAUGUGAAUACAGAAAAUAGAUUAAAAAAACAUAUUCACUGGAAAAGUCUCACUACAGAAUGAUGCCUUUCUAUAGAGACAGAGGUUAGUACAGCCUGUCAUUGUUUGCAUGUCACAAGAAGACAUUGUGACAUAGGAUACAAUAUAUUAUAUAUAUAUUGAGAGAUCCUGCACGUGAGAAUAUCUUAUCUUUCCCCUCUUUCCUACUAUGCCACUGUCCGAAGUCACACCUCACACCUCAAUACAUUUAACAGUGAUAAUUGACCUAUGGAUUACAAUUCUGUCAAAUCUUACCUUCUUUGGAUUAAUGUUUUUUUUCAGCUUUAUUUCAGGGUUUUUGAUCUCUUUAUUUUUUUAUAUUUUUUAAAAUGUUUAAAUAAGACAUACAAAAAUGAUAAAAAUUACAAAUGUUAUAUACAAUCAAUACAAAAAUAAUUCUAGAGUAUAGUUAUUCGUAGGUCUUCAUAUCUUCCAUUAUCCAUACACUUUAUAUUAACGGACUGGAGACUAGUAUUCCCACGACACUAUAUUCCCAAUUGACCUUAAAUAUACGAUACAUAAGAAAACAACAUAACAAAACAACAUUCCAUCUGCCCAGAGACUAUCUAUAGAUUGAUAUAUUUAAUUAAUUGAUUAAGGGUAUUAGUUAGAACUGUAGGAAAUUUGAUCAACCAUUUCCCCCAAAUAUUCUUAAACAAAGACAAUUUCUGUCUAUUGGCAUUAUAGCCACGUUCCAUUAUACUUUGGUUGGAGAUCUGAUUUUUUAUUUGAGACAACUCAAGGGCUCUCCUAAAAAAGGAUAUAUUUUCUAGCUCAGAGUGAAAAAUCGCUAUUUACGGGCAUGCUGGUAUUAAUAUUUUAACUAAUUCUGCAAUCAAACAAAAGAUUUCAAGCCAAAUAGUAUUAAUGUUGUCACAAGACCACCACAUAUGAAGAAGGUCAGCCUGGUCUUUUUUAAAUCUCCAACAGUAACAGAAUUUAUAAAGUUUUAUCAGAUAAUAGUGCCAUCUUUAUCCUAUUUUGUAAUGUAGUUCUUGAAUUUUUAAGCCGUGAGUGAUUUUUCCAAUUUGGAUCCAAGAUGCGACCCAUUGUUUUUUAUCUAUUGUUUUUUAAAGCUUCUUUCCCCAGUUCUCAAAGGCUUUGGAUUUUAUAUUUUGAGCUUUAUUUUCCAGAUUGUCAUACCAGGCUCUCAUUAUCUUCUUAUUUGAUAUUUAAUAGGUUGUCUAGGUAAGUUUGUUUAUUUUUAUCUGGAUUUUUAUACAUAUUAAAAGGGAUAUAAUGUUUUGCUCUAAUUAUGGAGAAGUAAUCUUUUAAGGUAGCAUCAUUCUGUUUUCUAUAAUUUGAUUUGUUUCCAUAAAUUUAGAAGUUUGAUACAAAUUUGAAAUUCUUAGAUUUUUAUAAUGGAAGCCUCUUGAUAAUUUCAUAUCUUUCAUAUUAAAUUCAAGAGCUUCUAAUGGUGUAGCCAUAUUACAUUUAUCCUUUAAGCCAUUUUUUUGUUUAAACUGAAGCCAUUCAUUGAUUAGAUGAAUUAUUAUUCUAGACGUACAACGUAACCGUAACCGAUAUUUCAUGUCUUUCUCCCCAUGCCAUGAUGUUAUUUCUGAAUUAGAGAUUCCCAUUAACUGUUGUUCGUUUAAAUACCAUUCCUCUAUUUUAUUUGUCUCUAGUUGAAUUUCAGAUAUAUGAGUUAAGAGGCUCGCUUGUUGAUAUCUAAGUAUUUCUGGUAAACUCCUUGUUUUUUAUUUAAAAAUAAGCUAUAUUUGGAAAUUCUUGGUUUUAUACCUGUCCAUAUAAACCUUCCAAUUAUUGCUUAGAGAUUUUCCAAAAGUUUUUCUGGGGCUUUUAACCGAAUCAUUCGAAAUAUAUAUAGCCAUAAAGGUAAUAUAUAAGAUGCCACACAAAUAAAGUCCCCCAUGCACAGGAAGGUACCUCGGAUAUGAUCUUUUAUUCUCGCUAAAACCCCAUUCAAGAAGUUAACCUGUAUCUUACUAGGAGCAUAUAUAUUUAAAAUUGAAUAUUUUUUAUCAUUAAGUUUACAUAUUAGAAAUAGAUAUCUUCCAUCCAAAUCUUGUAUUUUAUACGUCUCUUCAUAUUUAACAUCUUUAGAAAUCAAAAUCAUAACCCCUCUUUUUUAGCCUUUGGUAAAGAGGCGUGUAACACUGUAGGAUAAAAUUUGUUUUUAAGUCUAUUAGUGUGGCGGAUCCAACCUCGCCACUAUGCACUGGAGAAGCCUGGUUGCCCGCCUGCUGCCUUUAGACCAUGACCCCAUGUUGAAACGCUUGAUUUUCCCCUGCGUAGACACGAAAGCCGGGUCAUUCGGUACUAGCCCUGUUUGAGCAGUGAUACCCCAGAUAGCUAUGCCAUGGAGCCCAUUCGUAUAAUGAAAGACUAUCGGAAAGACUUUGGCUCCAUGGCGAUUUAACUGUAUGUGUGUGCUCUGAGCGCCAUUCAGUAAUAAUGUGCGCUCAGAUCUGAGCUAUCUGGGGAUAUGUUGAAUGUACCUGUUUUGUGCAAUGGCUGCACAGUUAUAUAUUUUUAUGUGUUUUAUUGUCUUUUGCUGCCAUGUGUUCAAUGGAGUUUUGCCUCUGUCCUUGGAGAUAAUUGGAUUACUUCCCAAUUAUCUCCAGGAUAGAAGACUCUGUGGAACUGGUUUUGGGCAGAAAAGCCAUGCUUCAUUUGGUCACAAAGGACUUCGAUCUAUCUUUUGAACCAAUGGACCAAUUUGGAUGAUUUUGACAUAUGUUUGUAUUUGGAGUAUGCUGAUUCUGAUAUGUGAAUGUGAUUCAUACUUUUCAAGUUAUGAAUAAUGUGGAAAAACUGAAUUUCUCUGGUUGUGAUAAUUACAUUACCCAUUGUGUAAGGUAAUUGUAUCACAGGCAGAGGGGAGGAUUUUGUGUGGGAGUGUCUGAGUGUAUUGUACAUAUUUAUUGGUUGUUUUCCAAAACCCUGUGGGUGGUACUAAUGUGUAAGAAGGUGUAUAUAAAAACAAUAAACCCACAGCUCUGUCUGAUUCUGCUUAACCCUGAAACGAAGUGUCGUCUCGUUAAUGGGGGAAUUGGAUUGUAUGCUGACUGCCAGGAGUGUAAACCUUUCGUAUGGUUUUUCCUGUUCAGCUUUUUACAGUAUUCGUGAGUUUCCUGUUCGGGAGUUGGAGAAUUCGUGUAGUUUGCAGUUCGGGAGAUUGGUGAUUGCAGUAGCUGUCUGUGCAUCUGAAAGGGGAAUAUCGCCUAAACGGUUUUUAACCUCUUGUGGGCAAAACGUCCGUUACAAUUAGCAUCUUCUUUGAUACAGUGGGUCUCUUGUAAACAACAACAAUCUUUUUUUUCUUUCUCAGCAUUUAAGUAAGUGCUAAUCUCUUCUGUGGAUAAUUAAUACCCUGAAUAUUUAAAGUUAAUCUCCCAUUAUGUAAUAUUUCCAGAAACGUUUCUGGUUUUUAGGUCACCUGGUGAGGUGGAACAAAACAAACAAUAAUCAAAACAAACAGUUAAAACAUAUACAUGUAAGUGGCUUUCCACUUUUUUGUACGGAUAACUCAUAAUGGUGUACUGCCCUCACACCUUAGAGUAUGUAACACACCCUUAUGUAAAUUGUUCAGUUGUCCCAGGAUUUCUAAUUUUAUACUAAGCUUUUAUUUAAAUUCUCUUAACCCGGAGAUUUCUAGUUUUCAGGAAUUAGUUAAUUAAUAGUUAAUUAAUAGUAUGAGGGAGAAAAGAUGUAUGGAGAAGGAAAGAGAGGAGAGAAAAGUGUUCCACUUAAUCCCCUCUAUCCCAUCUAUUUCGGUAAGUUUUCUCUCUCUCUCCUUACCCCCUCAGUCUUCCCCUCCCUUAUCUGUAAAAUCAAAAUUAAAAAAAAAAAUUCUUUUAACUUUCUCUUCCAUUUUCCCUUUCUUUCCCUCUCUUUGUUAGAGAAAGAAAUAAACAAAUGAUUUUAAUUUACAGACUUUACUACAAUUUUGUGUGUUAUAUCAUAUGGUGUAUAUACUAAUUAUACUAAUAAUUAUGUGUUCAAAUUCUAUCAUUUCCGAUCCACUUGGUUGAGGGUAAAGAGGAUAGUCUCAGGAUAUCUUAUGUUAUAUACAAUCUACCUAUGGCAUUCAGAAAUCAUAUAAUGUCUUAGAUACAUAGUUUUAUUGUUGUUUAAUUAUCUUCUAUCAAUCAUCCCCCUUUCCUUUCUUUAUGGCUUUCAUCCCGUUCUCCCUCCUCUCAAACCAUUCCCCUUGCUUUCUAUUGUAUCUUUUUAAUAUAUUUAAUUUUACUUAUUUUUCCUUUUAUUAUUUUCCUCCUUUUCCUUCCUUCUUCCCUUCCCUCUUUUUUGUGUAAAUCUAAUCACAUAAAUCUAAAAAAUAAUUUGCAUUUUUUGUGUGCAAUCUAUGUGAAUUCUGAUAUUCUUCACUCAAUAAAGUAUAAUUAUUUAUUAUUAGUGUUUUUUUAUUAUCUUUAUUUUUUCACCCACUUAAUUUAAGAAAAAGGGUGAGCCCAUUUUUCUUUACAUUGUUAGUUCUAUUAUACAAAAUGGAAAGUCUAUGACCUCAUGAUAUUUUAUUGGGAAUAAGUGAUUAUUCUUCUUGUAUUAUCAUCUUUUCUAAACAAAAACGUUUCGGUAAUUUCCUUUAGCUCACAAUCUUCUCCUUUUUUUAUACCUUCAUCCUUACCCCAUCUAUUAUCUAUUUCCCCACCCUUGUAUAAUAUUUAUUCAUUUAUAAAAUAUUUUACCAGGAAAGAUACAUUGAGAUUUCUCUUGUUUUCAAGUAUGUCCUGGGUCCACAAAACAUUGCAUUGAUACAAUAAAAUACAAAACCAAUAUCAAUACACGAUAUAUACAAAAUUUAACAUAGAACAAGUAGGAAAUAUAUAAUCAACCAUAACACGUGCAUUCUGUUUUGAGGUAUGUAGGGAGGGAUCUCUUAAAGGACUUUAGGCUUGGGGAAGAUUUUAAAGUGUGCGGGAGGUCAUUCCAUAAUUGCGGCGCUCUGUAGGAGAAGGAGGAUCGGGCUGCUUUCUUUUUGUACUGAGGCAGACUAAAUAAAGUGUUGGUACUGGAUCGGAGGUUAUAGGAGGUAGGAACAGCCGAGGAGAGCAUUCUUCUAACUUUUUCUAGACUUAUUCUUAUUCAAUUAUAUAUAAAGAUGUAAUUCACUUCUUUAUUAGCCAUAUAUCCUUGUAUACUUCAUUCCUCCCUGGUAUUCAUGUCGCCUUCUUAGCAUCCUCUUUGCAGUGACCCUCACUGCCCUCUACCGAUGUAACAUACUUCUAAUUAAUUAAGUGACUUGGAAAAAAAUAAUAAUAUUUUUUAGUCUCUUCCAUUCAAUUUUACUCUUCCUUCAACAUUUUCAUCCACUCGUUUUUCUUUUCUUUUCUUUUUUAGUUUCCUUUUCCGGAUAUUUUUCUUUUCUUUUCAAUAUUUCCAAUUUCAUUCUGUGGAAAUUGUUCUCUUUUCUUAAUUAAGUGGUUUUCAGGUUAGUUUUAAUCCAAGUUUUGGCUUCUUCUGUGUUGUUAAUAAUAUAUGUAUUGGCUUUGUAUUUGACUUAGAUUUUAACCAGAUAUCCCCAGUUAUAUCUCACUUUUUUUCUCUUAGUAUAUCUGUGAAGAAUUUAAAAGGUCUUCUUUUCGUUCUAGUUUCAGUAGACAAAUCUUGAAAGAAGAUUACAUUAUUAGAUUUUUGAUCUUCUGGGGAGAAGUCUUUUGUUGCUGGGAUAUACUUUCUGUGUAAUAUAGAAGGUUGAGAAACGCCCAUGAUGUCUCUUGCAUAAUCAUUUUGUAUAUUUUUUGGUUUAUUGAGUCUAUGGGCUCUUUUUUCUAAUGAAAACAUUAUGGGCCUCUUGAAUUCUCAUAGCAGAGAAUUUUAAAAUUCUAAAAGAUAAAAAAUUAUUUGUGAGGUAGUGAUGUUUACAGCUAUCCGUCUUAUUUGUAGAUUUUUCCCACGUGAGCGAUCUUCUGCGUCUAUAAUUUUCAAUUCCAAUAUCUCAAUUUUAUUUUUCUGGAUCUUAAUCUGUUCUUUUGUAUCCUUAAGUUAAUUUCUAAUAUUCUCUAUAUUUUUUUUUAUUAAUUUGGAUUUUUUUCCCAUAAUUUUUUUAAGAUUUUCUUUUGUUUCUUUAAAACCUUAGUUUACCUCCUCUUUUAUCUGUGCAGAUUGUUUAUCCAACGCUACUUGAAGGCUUAGAUUUAGAUCUUCUUUAGUUUGUAAGAAUUGUUGGUUUAAGUAUUUGUGCAGUUAUUCCUUUGAUACAAUGAGAGUCUGAGGGUCCUGUUUAUUUGUUUGAAGUAGGGGUGUUUCUAGGUCUAGUUCAGAGAAAAGGGUAGAUUCCCGACUUUCUGAAGUGUCAAAUUUUUCUGUCAUUUUUGCAGGUUGAGGAGAGAAGAUUGAAGCUAAAGUUUUGUCUUUUGUAGGGCGUGUAUCUUGCUUUUUUUAUUUUUAUUUUGUCUUUUUAUCCCUUUUCCCUCUUUUUUUCUCUUUAUCUUUCACGCUCUCUUUUGUUUUUUUUUCUAAGUUAUUAUAUACUCUCUUGAAUCACUUUUUUAAAAUUUUUUUUAAAGUUUUUUGCCACUUUAACAGAAAAGAUAAGGAAUGAAGAUAAUCUCCUUCCUGGAGGCUUUCUAUUUUUCUCUAUUAAUACGUUUCCUUUCAUUUGUUUUUUUAACUUUAGGGACUUCACCAUAUACUUGAGUCACGUAAAGUUUUUAAAAAAAGUGUAAACAGAGCUUGUGAAGCCGAUAAUAAAUAGACUUGAACGCCUUCAGUUAAUUUUAUGCUGAAGUCAGCAGCAAUUUCCUCUCAUAGUUUUUGUUAGUCUAGUGGGGGAAUUCAGUUUUGCUGAGUUAGCCGAUCUAUAGCUCUAGAGUCACUUGAGGCCGUUGGCGGUGCUGGAAUCGACUUUCACUCUUCUCCUGCUCCGGCAUUACAGUGACUCCUCUCCUACUCCACCCGAUAUCACUAUCUCAAUCCGUUCUGCUUUGCUCUACCGUUGGCACUUUUUAUCAUGUGAGAAUUCCUGUGUUCGUGGAUUUUUUCUGUGUUUCAAGCAUUAAUCAAAUAGAAGUCCUUCUCGCUAUGAACAAUCACCCGGAAACAUCUUGACGCUCUGCCCCUUGAGUCUUACUACAUACACAUCCCGCCCGUUUAUUGGUCUGGUAAGGGAAAAAUAAUAGCUCAGGGUUUUUGAUCUUCAUUUGUCUUCAUUAAAUAAUAUAUUAUAAUAUUUUCCAUCACUAUUUCCACUUUUUUAUUUUUUCCUUAAUUUCUUUGUUCUUAUAACUAUUUCUCUGCACUAUUAAAAAUAAGACACACUGUAAACAAGGUAUAAUCUGUUGAAUGUCUCGAAUCUUAUACAUCUAGCCUGGAUAUGUUUAUGUUUUUAUUGAGUUCUCAUGCAUAUCACCCAAAGGGCUGUCAUACAGUGUCAUAGCCACAACAUUAUCAGGGCACACGUCCCAUCUUAAUGCUAUGCAUACUUACCCAUCUAAGGUCAAAUCAAGUGUGAGCAUAUAUUAUUAAUCCUGACAAUUGGUACAUUAGUAUCCUGUGUUCUUGUUUCAUGUUAUUUUCUCCCCUGACUGUACCGUCAUAACACCCACCUAGUUUAAGCUGACCAUCAACAUAAACACUGUGCCGGUUACUAGUUUUAAAAGCUGAUAGAUGCGCUAUGCUCAUAAAAUCCCAACAGAUGACAGGAUGACUGGGAAGUCCCUUAGUGUAAAAGCUCUGCCUGUACAUUAUAUACACAUCCCUAGUUCUCGAUGGGCACACCACUAUAACUCAAAUUUCACAUACAUCUUAACCCUAUGUUGAUUGUUGUUACCUAUAUAGAAAUGGAUAAUCUAGCACUGUUAAGCGAUGACUAUCUUAUUUUACUCUAGCGAUUACACUGUUUAGCCAAGCUUGCUAUAAUUAUAUAAUUAUAUAAAAAUGUGCAAUAUCUCAUGCCGCUGUAUAACAUCAGUACAUCUUUAAACACGCUGCUGUGGCAUAUGUCACUAGCCUUGUAAUCUCCUGCACAAAAAUAAAUAAAUAAAUAAAAUAAAAAUAAAACACACUGACCUCUAUUGAAAUGGAGGAGCACUUAGUACCAGGGGAAUUAGAAACUCCCUACUAUUUCAUAAAAAUGUCGGGAUAUUCGGACCUGAAGCAUUAUAAACACCCUGGUAAUGUACGGUGUUAUUAAACAAUAUUAUUUUAACUUUCCUCUUAAGCUAAUCUUAUUGGAUGUACAUUUAAAAUGUUGAUAUGGAGACAAUGAGUUGUAAUUUUUAUUAAUGAGCUUUAGAACUAAUAAGGGCAGUCUUAAAGUUUUAGACAAUUAUCACAGGGACUUCUCAAUAGUUAAUAGGGUGACGAGAACGAUGUUAGUAUAUUGAUUUUUGAGGAACAAAGGAUCUGUUUCUACUAUGUUUCUAAAAUGUCUAUACUAAGUAUAUAGUAUAAACUUAAAAAGAUAGGAUAGGAUACAAUACAAUAUCAUAAUAUAAUUAUAAUCUCUUUUUCUUCACAGAUUAGAAGAUAUUCAGAGACCUGAUUUGAAAUUUUCAGAAGAAAGUAGAUAAAGAAAGAGGUCAUUAUUAAUAAAGAGGUCAUUAUUAAUAAAGAGGUCAUGGAAUGCUUAUCAACGAGGUCAUCUACCAUGCUAUAAUAUUUGUGUCAUCUCAAUAGGAACAAUGUAUAUAGGUCAUGCUUCUAUUGCAAUAACUGCCUAACUGUCCUGUUACUUUGAAUCUAAUAUUGUAUAUCUGAUCUACCCUUACACAUCAAAGACAUGCUAUUGGAGCACUAUUAUCAAAAUCUAAAUCAUAUCAUGCUGUAGC